AUACAUUGUUAUUCCAUCUAGCUCUCCCAUGUCUAGAUGUGUCUGUCUUAGUUUAGGGAUUUAGUUAUUAUUUGGGGGGUAUACUGACCCUUUUAUUAAUGCAAUGAAGUGCUUUCUCAGUCAGUGACCUCAUUAUUUUGUAUUAACCCACUAAUGGCAAUAAGAACAUAAUUAUAUGUCAUCUCUAAUUCUGUAUAAAAUUAGUUUAGCACAGAUUUUAUACAAUGAAUAAUGUACAUUUCGCAUUAAAUGCCCAUUUUACCCCUUCAUUUCCAGAAAAAAAAGAGAACUGUCAAUCAUCCUUAAACUCUGGGGGUGUCUCCAUGCCCCCCAAAAUGUGCCUUAUUAUUAUUAUUAUAGCUUGUACUCAGGUUCAGAUCCCAUAGCUGUGUUUGACUGCUCUAGUCUAGCAAUGUCCCAGUGUUUACACUCUAUGACUGCUAUUUGAUAUGGUAUUAUGGUGGGUCACUGUCCCCCUCCUGGAUGAGAUCCUGUGACAAGUGGCCUUAAUAUAGUUGUGUGAUACUUGGACGAGAGUUCAUGCUUCAUAUAAACUGGAGUUGUGGUAUCUGCAGAGCAACCAGGAGCUGCCUUCAUGAGCUUGUUCUGGUGGCAAAGUGUUGAAAGGGUAAGUAGAAUCCACUCAAAAAAAAGUUACAUAUAAUGUCCAUCUAUUACAAAUGUAGUUAUAAAAACAGUGAUUGUAGGAAAUCCUGUUUUCCAACAGAACAUUGUAUGCUGUAUAACUGAGCUCUAUUUCUGUGAGUGGUGUGUGCUGACUGAGUGUUGUGUGUGUGUGUGUGCUGUUGGGGAGGGGGGCUCAGUGUGUGUGUGUAGGUUGCUCACAGCUGUAGGAAUGGCUGAGUGUGUGUGUCUGAGUGGUGUGUGAAAUGUUCCCCCCUCAUUACCUACCUUCUCUGGUAGUCUGUACUGGAGGGAGAGCAGGAUUCAUGGUGGUCUGGUGGAGGCUGUAUAAUCUGUACCAAUAUAAAAUACAGACCACUCUAAGAGCACCCUCCCGGUUCCAAAGCUCAGCGGGGCGCUCUUAGAGUGGUCUGUUCUUGAUAAUGGUACAGACAGCAAGGCUCCCUUAACGAGGUGAGGAAGCCCACUGGAGCUGGAACCCAUUGGGUCCCUGUUAUGGGACGUGGCACUAGGCGGCCGACUUGGUCACCUAAUGGUUCUGUAUAGAUGCCCCAGGCUGGGAUAAGGAAGCUUUGGACAGCCUCAGACAGGAGCGUUAGCUGAUGCUUUCAGCCAAUCAGUAGCUUUCCAUUCUUCAUACGGCUUGAGAAACAUACACAGUUUUGACGCUUUUAGCUAAUCAACAGUGUCCCUCUCUGAGGCUUCCUAAUUCAAGGCUUAUAGUGGACAAUAGUGCAAGGUGAUGGCCAAAGCUAACCGGUGCUGAAUUCAACAUUUUGCAAAUGGUUUAACCCAUAAAGGUAAGCCCCAGGCCUCCUGGCACCACAACAACAUCAUUCUAAUGAAGCUUAAAGGAACACUUUAGUGUUAGGCAUAACACUAAUAAGAAUAAGAUAUAUUUCUAACAAUAAAAUGUAAGUGUCCCUCUGCCCCCUGCAUCCCUCCCUCCGUUCUUAAUGCGCUCAUUAGGCCUUCCUUAUAAGAAAGCAUUGACUCAAUGCGUUCCUAUGGGAUUUUGCUUGAUGCUGGAGUUCCUCAUGUAAAGCAUGAGAACGUCCAGCUUUAUUUCACGGAGUCAAAUUCUGUGAAACUGCGGCAAGCGCCUCUAGUUGCUGUCUGGUAGACAGCAACUAGAGGCAGUCUAAGCACUUAUUGCAGUUUUUCUAACACUACACUGUUUACAUUGCAGAGCUAAGAGGGACAGGGACACUGCGCCUAGACCACUUCAAUGAGAUUCAGGGGUCUGGGUGCCUAUAGUGUGCCUUUAAAUUUAAGCUUCACUUUAAAAAUAUUUAUUGUGUGCCAUGAAUCGGGUUACCAGAAGUUCCUUGAGGCUGUAACCGCAGCCGGUUUGCCUAUUUACCACUAUAACAUUUUAAAGCAUAGAACUUAGCAGUGUUAACCAAACAGAUAUCCUAGCAAUAAUAUUAUAUAGUUAGUAAGAUUUCCUCUAUUUAAAAUAUAUCAAUAAUUGAGAAUACAAUAUAAAAUAGGGAUUAUCUUGGAAGCAAUAAAGUUUUGUCUUUUAAAUAUUUUAUUAAAUAAAUAUAUAAAUAUACACAUAUAAAAUCCAUUACAAUCAUUUACAGCAGAGUUUAUAAGAUUACAUUACAUGCUUGCAAUAUCAGUAAAUAGAAUAACGUACCCUCCUGAACAAGUUUAAACAUCUUAUUUGUUUAUUGGGUAAGAUGUCAACAAAGGAACAUUGGAUGAGAAACAAUAUUUUCCAUUUCGAACAACUUGUCAGAUUGCAAAAUCUCUUAACCCUUUAAGGACACGUAACGUGUGACAUGUCAUGAUUCCCUUUUAUUCCAGAAGUUUGGUCCUUAAGGGGUUAAAGACAAAGUACACAGUUUACUUUUCAUUCUAAAACUUUAAAUAUUUGUAUUUGCUUAUAACAAUGCCAUCCUAGCAUACUCUGUCAGACCGUUUUAGAAUACGUGGGUGCCACCAGGCGCCUGCGUUGCUAACAGACUUCUUGCACUGGAGAAGCUAAUCACAAAUGUUGACAUUAAUUAAUUUGCUAAAAGAGUCAGCUGAGUACUGUCAGCCAAUGAAUAAUGGGACAAGUUCCUGUAUUGAACAAGUUUAUAGCCGAUUUAUUCAGCUCAGAUAAAUUUAGAAGCAAUAAGGGGGCUCGCGGUGUGCCCAGGUAAGUGUCAAUCUGUGUUAAUAUGGUUUGACAAAUUAUGCUAGGACUGCACCAGGGUAUUCUGGGCACCAACACCACUGCAAUGGACAGGCCAUGCAUAAACAUAGAUUGCAUAUUACAAACACCAAGCACUGUUAUCUUUACAUCAAUGACAUGGUGAGCAGUUAUUAAUGUCACUGGGCCGUACAACUGAUCAUUUUAACCCUUUUAGGGAUAUUUGCUAAAGUGUGAAUUGUCAGAUAUUCAAAGUUAAUUCCACAUAACUGGCAAAAAUAGCAAAUUUAAAAACUUGAAAGAUUGAGGGGAUCAAGCUGAAACACUGAUGUUUUUUUAAAGACAGGUAAAAGCUAAGUCUUAUUUUUAAGUCCUGUGAGUGCUAUCCUUAUAUAAUUGUUUAUAUAUAUUUAAUCAGCGAAGUGGUCAUUGUGCUCGGAGAAACCCUUGAGAAUUGUCAGAUAUAUAAAGUGAAUCUCAAAAGUUAGUCCAAAAUAUCUGAAUUAGAAAAAGACAGUUCUCUUUUCAGUUUGGCUAUUUUGGCCUUAAAGGGACACAAUAUGCACCAAAACAACUUUAGCUUAAUAAAGCAGUUUUGGUGUAUAGACUAUGCCCCUACGGUCUCACUGCUUAAUUCUCUGCCAAUUAGGAGUUAAAUCACAUUGUUUAUAGGGAUCUUACAAUAUGGAAUACCCUGCCUUAAUCUGGCAGCUCCAAACCCUGCAUUCAGUGAAUGGAGUAAUUAGUCAUGGAAUACAAUCACAAAUAGUGCAGCACAGAAUGUCACUGGUCGUUAUGGGGUUAAACUCGUCAUCAUUUGCGCCAGUGCUCUGCCCCCUCGUUGUACAGCGCUGCGGAUCAUGCUGGCGCUAUAUGAAUGGCUGUAACAGUGUAGCAGGACUUGGUUGCUAUGGGUUCACGUUCCAUUAUAGAACGCUGAGUGGGAGCUGCAGAUCCCCGGGAUGGUGUCCCUGCUGCUGGCCGUGCUGUGAAAGGUACCUUCCUAUGGUGACAUUCCCAGGUCCCCUGUGCUGUACAUCCAGUCCAUGCAGCACGGAGCAGGGAGGAGCAUGCUUAAAGCAGACAGCCGCCUGGUUGGCCCAGAUUUGCGUCAGUUUCAGCCCCUGAUAAUUUGAUAUUCUGGAGAGGUUUCUGUUGCUCGGGAUAAUGACAAAGAACUCGGCUGCUCCGGGCCCGGGUACCGAAAGUUAGACACCAAGUAGCUCUGCUAUGUGCCUCCCUGUAACAUGAUUCCGGGGUACCCAGACAGCAUCAUCAGCAUCUCCUGCAUCCCUCUCAUCAGCACGGUGUGAGCUCUGCACCCACAGCCAUAUGUCUGUAAGUAGAGCUGCAGCCCUUCCUGGAGGCAUGUGUGUGUCCUGGUCAUGUUUACCCACCAGCACAGGGGACAUUUAUUUACAUGCAAUACUUCUUAUAUAGGGCAGAAUAAUUCGACUUUUAAUUUCAGAAAGAGACCUUUGAUUCAUUAUGACAUGUGAUGUGAUAUAAACCUUUAUGUCUGUUUAUCUGUAUGUUUGAUGGGGCUGUUUAUUAUAUACAUAUAUUAUUUAUUAUUUAUUUACUUAUUAUUGCCAUUUAUAUAGCGCCAACAGAUUCCGUAGCGCUUUACAAUAUUAUGAGAGGGGAUUUAACUAUAAAUAGGACAAUUACAAAUAAACUUACAGGAACAAUAGGUUGAAGAGGACCCUGCUCAAUCGAGCUUACAUUCUAUAGGAGGUGGGGUGUAAAACACAGUAGUACAGGAUGUCUGUAUUGACAUGCUGGGUGCCUACAUAAAGAAACACUAUAUAGAUUACUGUUGUAGACAGUUUACUAAUAAUUUGUGUCUUUCUAUUAGCUGUACCAGUAUUUAUAACAAGAGCAAUAUUAAGGCUACCUUGUGCCAGAGAUAUGGUUCCAUUUAGGAGCCCUACCCUUGCAACCAUAAACCUGAAAGAUGAACCUUCAUUUCUUGCAGUUGUUGUGGUUGUUGUGGGCCUUUGGAUUGGCUGUACUGGCACAAGCCUAGAAUUGGCUUUCUACUCCCCUCUCAUGCCCCCAUCUGUUUGUAAAAAAAAAUGAUCUUCUAGGUAGAAUAACACAUGUUAGAGCAUAGGAUGCUUAUUCACUAGAUCCUCAUAUUGGCAAGUAUUGAGGUGUUGCAGGUUUCUCCAGCACAAGCAGAGUUAACAAAGCACUUAGAUGCACCAGCAAAGGAUGACUUGUUUUGAGAUGACUCUGCUGUCUGGUUUGCUCUCUGCAGUUCUUUAGAUCUGCUGCAGUGACUGGCAAGUCAUGGAACAGACUGCACUGCAAUGGGGAGAGUGUAGGAAAGAACUUAACCCAAUCACAGUGUGUGCGCGCAUGAUCUGUUUGGUAGGUGGCUCUUAUCAUGUGUGCCCUAGCCAUAAUAUGCCCUGUGUCAUCUACAUCUUGAUGGAGCAACAAUCUAAAGCACAAUAUAAUGAUUUAUAACACCUCUUCUGCUUAUUUUAAAAGGUGGAUGUGUUGAGGCCCUCUUCUUUCUAGCCGUAUGUACUAAAAGAGUUUUAUUGUGUGAAAGUCUCUGCUUUUCUUCUUUUUUUGAUAAGGGUGGUAGGGGCUAUUUCACUGAUAACGGAGCAACCGGAAUUAUAAAGCAUUUUUAUAUCUGACUGAAUGGAAAAUCCUUCAGUGACAAAGACUUGGUUGUUAGACAACCAGGUAUUAAAUAUACCAGGCAAGCGUGAAAUGAGAGUAUUCAGUGACAUGAUAGCCAGUCUUGGGUAGAUUCACUUAAAGGGUUAUAUUUGUUGGCAUUGACCAGGGGUAGGCUAGGCUUGUGCCGUGAACGUUCCUUUUUUUACUGGGCACAAGCAGACUGAAGAAUUUAGCGUCAUUGAUCAUUUGCACCGUCAAAGGGUUAUUCACUGAACUCUGAACUGUGGUGAACUGAAAUCCAAAUCCCAAAAUGUAAUCCCAAAAUAUCUGAGUUGGACAUAUUUCCAUACCGGCUAUUUCAGCCUACGUUUUGGCGUUUGGAUUUCAUUUUGCUACAGUACAGAGUUUAGUAAAUAAACCCUUUUGUUUGAACUUUUUAGCAUAAAUGCGAGACGUUAUAUUUGGAUAAACCGUUCCAACAGAGGAACCUCAUGCCAACUGUGAAGCAUGGUCGUGGGCGUCUUAUUAUUUGGGGCUGCUAUGCAGCGUCGUGACUCAGAAGUACAAAGAAUCAUUUAAUUCAUGAAAAGGCUUGAGUGAAAUUACUCUGCAAACUAACAGCACCAUCUUCCCAGCUUCUACUAAAUUGCAGAGUAGCUUCAUUCAUUUUUGCAUGAAUGAAAUUACUCGUGGUGACACAUGCCCACAUGAAUCCAUUAGGUCAACAUACAUAGGUCAUACAAGAACUUGUAUGGGUCAGUGGAAGCUAUGCUUACACCAUGAUUCUAUAAGGCACAAGGGGUGCUUAUAUGACUGCAGAUAUUUUAAGAGAUUUCUGAAGUAGAUAAUGGGAGACAAGGGACCAUAACCUAGUGCAAGCAUAGGCAACCUUCGGCACGCCAGAUGUUUUGGCCAGCAUUAUAGGUAUAAGAGCAUUAUGAGGGGUGUAGUCCACAACAUCUGGGGUGCCGAAAGUUGCCUACCCCUGACCUAGUGUUUCUCAACCUUUUACGGAGAGGACACUGACACAUACACAAACAUUUAGAAACAUAAGACACUGACACACAUUUACACACAGAGGAAACUAACAUACACAUCUACACACAGAGGACACUGACACACACAUUUACAAACAGACCACACUGUCACCCCCACAUUUACACACAGAGGACACUGACAAACACACAGAGGACACUGACACACACACUCACUGACAGACACACUGUCACUGAUUUGACACACACUGACAAGACACUUACUGAUACACACACUCAACGACAGGCACACAGUCUGAUAUGGCAGACACAAUCUCACUAAUUUGACAGACACACACUCUCACUGACAGACACCUACGCAUUCUACGCAAACAGGCAGUAAAUACUUUUUAAAUUUUUUUACUUUUGCUUCUUUAUUUUAAUCAAAAUGACAAACAUACAGCUAAUUUGUUAGUAACAUGGCGUGUACUUUUUGUACUUAACAUUUUAUUGAGAUUUUAAGUGCAAUACAAAAUAUUGUACCGACAACGACCCGACACAGGAGAUUUUCCCUCCAAUUCAUUAAAGAGAAGGGAGAUGAACUGCUGUCCCCUGCAAGAUCAAAGGAGAACUAUCACCUGAACACUGUCUUUUAAUAUAUUGAAUCUGUCAUCAAUCAGUUUGACAGGAAAUUGAAUUUUUGUUAAAUGAAAUAUAUGGGGAAAAAAGGAUAAAAACUCACCCUACCUUUUAGUAUAUGACCCUUCAACCAUAUACUUGCACCUCGGAUCAGACAGUGUUUGAAUGUGACAGUUAGUCGGUCUAAUGAUGUCACUGCACUGUGCAAGGUAGACCAUAACUGUAACUAUAUUAAACUUUUUUUUUCUCGGAUCGUCUGGAUUGGCUACAGGUAGAUGGCCUUUGUUGUCAGGCAGGUUCCCCAAUUGCAAUCUGACUGGAGGGUGAGUAUUUAGGCCGGCGCGAGAGCCAGAUCGUGCUUUGCAGUCCUAACAGCUUUAAAGCUCUCCUUAUGUAGGACAGCAUAGCACGCACUAAUAUUGGGGUGCGGUUAAGUAUUACAAAGCUUUUUGUGGGUACAGAUGGUGACAAUGAUCUAAACAGAAUCAGUGUAUAGAGGUUUUCAAAUACUGUCUGACCCAAGGUGGAUGUAUAUGGCUGAAGGAUCUUGUCAUAUACUAAAGGUAGAGAUGAGAUUUUUCUCAUUCAUUCAUUUUUUUUUUUUACUUAUAUUUAAUUUAACAAAGAAUCUAUUUCCUAUCAUAAUAUGACGAAAGGAUCAUUUAUUUAAAUAUAGUUUUGAGGUGACAGUUGCCCAUUAAGACAGGUAUCAAAAUGGCAUGUGCUGGUAGAAAUAUGUGCCAUUAUAUGCCAACCUUGUGAACCCCUGUUCCUCUUACUGAACCAUGUAAACUGCUCAGAUUGCUGAAAUUACCUCCCUUCUAUCCGAACUAGAUAUUCCAUAAUGAAUCCCUUGAAAAAAGAUCUGUCACUACAGUAGCUGUGCACCUGUCGAUUGGCUGAAUUGCAUGUGAAGUCCUGCCAAAUAUAUCUGCAUUCAGAUUAGUUUGAUACAGAACAUUCACUAUGCUUUUAUAUGUAUCCUUUAUCUUGAGACAAAAGAAAUACAAGUGUAUCUCUUUAAAGAGACAUUCUUCUAAAAUUAAGUGUAACACUUAAGGUGUUUUAUACACUUAAAUGGCCAUUGGAGUAAUACUAAAAAGAACUUGGCAUAGUGCGCAAGUAACUUUUUUUUAAAAUUAUUAUUGUAUUUUAAACUCUGCCUAACCUUGUAAAGGGCAUCAUGUCGUGUGAUAUGGAGUAGAUGCAUAUGGCAUUUUAUUGUGCAUACACUAAAUCCUCUAUGGAUUAUCCCACAUGGGAAGAUCCCGUAUAGAAUGCCAUUUUGUACAUCUUGACUGGACAAGGCUUCUGGCAAAAAAAAUCCAAAAUUGGCAGUUCCAACGGUUUUAACAAAAGUUUCCUGUGAAUUGUGAGUAUAACAAUCUGAACUCCGUUGAGGCUGUUUAAAAAUUAAUGUAGAGUACAAAAAAAUCUACUAACUUUUAUAUGCUACAUAAAAUCCAAACUUACACAUACAGAUUUAUCCUCUUAACCAUGAAUGAUCUUGAAUUUGACAGGAAAGUUAUUCCCUCCCCCCUCUCCCCCCCCCCAAAUAAGUGAUUUAGAAACAUAGCUGGCUUGACAUAUUUUUCUUUUCAAAUAUGCAUUUUUGGGCCUAAACUUGUCAAUUUCAUAAUGAAUCUGCAACAAUUUACAAGUUUAACAAGUAACCCUGACAGUGUUACUUCUUUCUCAGUAAUUUAACAACUGCUGGUGCUGGUGCGGCCCCAUCGGGUGGCCCAUGCACUUCGGGCCACCCAAAGGGGACUGCUGAGGGGCACAACCCUUUCUUGCACCAGGGCCCUCUCCAAAUUAGUUAAUUUGAUUUACUUUUUUUAACAGACACAUGCAUAUAUAGCUCUCUUGCGUUGGCUGUGGAGGCGUGGAGUGAAGUCAAAAAAUGGUUUGACUCCGUACAAUGGUACCAGGGAAGUUCUGGCACCAUAACCACUUCAGCAAACUGUAGUCCUUAUAAAGACUACGGCAAACUUUAUAACCACUACAGCCCACCAGGAGUUACCUGGCCCAAUUUCCUGAUCAUGGGGCAAACCGUUUUGCAAUGGUGAGCGCCUUUUUAUCUGGGUCCCAACCAGGUGCAGAGGGUUGUCUUGGUCAGUGAUGCGCACCCUGCUUCUGCAGCUGAGAAUGUUAGCUGACUGUCCUCAGCCAGUGAAUGCAACUCUGCAUAAAAUAUGCACAGAAUUGUCAUUAGCAGGUUAAUGAUGACACAAUGACGUUGCCAGAGAUGGAGUUACACCUCUGACAGCAAAGGGGUUAAAUGUGCAGCUUUACAUAGUGAAACUCUGCACAUACCACACUCCAAGCAUCAUGACAACUUCAAAUCACUGAAGUGAUUAUGGUGCUUGUAGUAAUUCUUUAAUAUGUUGUAUCAAUGUUUGUAGAAAUCUUGGAAAUUAUGGUCAAUUAAAAACUACCAACCAACCUGGAGAAAUCCACAAUUUCGCUAUAUUAAAGGGAAACUUUAAUUCAGAGCCACAUACACGUAUUUCUAGCAUUUGCAUAAUUUACUUCACUUGUAGGUAUUCAGACCCCCUUUAGAAAUUAAGGAUAAAUUCACCUUUCUCCCCUUGCCACACCUUAUUCGGCGCUCCUCCACGAGCGGAGAUCAUUAUUACUGAUAAUUUCAGCCAACCCAGUGCUUUUUCCGUAGAGAAGUUCACAAUUUAGGGAAUAAACUCUAAAAACUAAAAUGCGAAGUGUUAUGAUUAUAAUUUUGAUCUGUAUCUCUGAAAACUGAACGUGAGCUUGUUCUCAUGGCUGUGGAUUAUUCUAGUGCUUAAUAUGCAAAUCUUGCCGCCUGCUUCCGGGAUUAGGUUUGAGUCAUAUACUUUAACAUUUAAUACUAAAGGCGUAAUGAAAGAGACUCUCCAAGCGUCGUAGCAACCAUAACAAUCUGGCAUAGGGGACAGUGCCAGGGGGCUCCCAGUUAAUGACCACAUCAAACUUUUCGUAUAUGGAGCUGCUGCCACGUGUUGAACUACAUAUAUAUCUGUUGGCCAUUGGUUUGUAAUAUAUGCACAGACAGCACUCUGCCCUUUAACACUACAGGGAGUGCAGAAUUAUUAGGCAAAUUAGUAUUUUGACCACAUCAUCCUCUUUAUGCAUGUUGUCUUACUCCAAGCUGUAUAGGCUCGAAAGCCUACUACCAAUUAAGCAUAUUAGGUGAUGUGCAUCUCUGUAAUGAGAAGGGGUGUGGUCUAAUGACAUCAACACCCUAUAUCAGGUGUGCAUAAUUAUUAGGCAACUUCCUUUCCUUUGGCAAAAUGGGUCAAAAGAAGGACUUGACAGGCUCAGAAAAGUCAAAAAUAGUGAGAUAUCUUGCAGAGGGAUGCAGCACUCUUAAAAUUGCAAAGCUUCUGAAGCGUGAUCAUCGAACAAUCAAGCGUUUCAUUCAAAAUAGUUAACAGGGUCGCAAGAAGCGUGUGGAAAAACCAAGGCGCAAAAUAACUGCCCAUGAACUGAGAAAAGUCAAGCAUGCAGCUGCCACGAUGCCACUUGCCACCAGUUUGGCCAUAUUUCAGAGCUGCAACAUCACUGGAGUGCCCAAAAGCACAAGGUGUGCAAUACUCAGAGACAUGGCCAAGGUAAGAAAGGCUGAAAGACGACCACCACUGAACAAGACACACAAGCUGAAACGUCAAGACUGGGCCAAGAAAUAUCUCAAGACUGAUUUUUCUAAGGUUUUAUGGACUGAUGAAAUGAGAGUGAGUCUUGAUGGGCCAGAUGGAUGGGCCCGUGGCUGGAUUGGUAAAGGGCAGAGAGCUCCAGUCCGACUCAGACGCCAGCAAGGUGGAGGUGGAGUACUGGUUUGGGCUGGUAUCAUCAAAGAUGAGCUUGUGGGGCCUUUUCGGGUUGAGGAUGGAGUCAAGCUCAACUCCCAGUCCUACUGCCAGUUCCUGGAAGACACCUUCUUCAAGCAGUGGUACAGGAAGAAGUCUGCAUCCUUCAAGAAAAACAUGAUUUUCAUGCAGGACAAUGCUCCAUCACACGCGUCCAAGUACUCCACAGCGUGGCUGGCAAGAAAGGGUAUAAAAGAAGAAAAUCUAAUGACAUGGCCUCCUUGUUCACCUGAUCUGAACCCCAUUGAGAACCUGUGGUCCAUCAUCAAAUGUGAGAUUUACAAGGAGGGAAAACAGUACACCUCUCUGAACAGUGUCUGGGAGGCUGUGGUUGCUGCUGCACGCAAUGUUGAUGGUGAACAGAUCAAAACACUGACAGAAUCCAUGGAUGGCAGGCUUUUGAGUGUCCUUGCAAAGAAAGGUGGCUAUAUUGGUCACUGAUUUGUUUUUGUUUUGUUUUUGAAUGUCAGAAAUGCAUAUUUGUGAAUGUUGAGAUGUUAUAUUGGUUUCACUGGUAAUAAUAAAUAAUUGAAAUGGGUAUAUAUUUGUUUUUUGUUAAGUUGCCUAAUAAUUAUGCACAGUAAUAGUCACCUGCACACACAGAUAUCCCCCUAACAUAGCUAUAACUAAAAACAAACUAAAAACUACUUCCAAAAAUAUUCAGCUUUGAUAUUAAUGAGUUUUUUGGGUUCAUUGAGAACAUGGUUGUUGUUCAAUAAUAAAAUUAAUCCUCAAAAAUACAACUUGCCUAAUAAUUCUGCACUCCCUGUAUAUUAGGGCCAAGUUUGGAAGAGAAGUUUCAGCCACUUCCUCGUGUUUAGAGGGAUCUCUGCUGAAGCUGCAAAUCCUGGAGUUUGUUGAUAAUAAUACAUUAAAAUAGGGGUCAGUUCAGUGCAACUUUGCCCACGUUUUGCCAGCCCUCGAUGAGCCAAGUUGCAAAUAGCUUACCAGAUCAAUGUUCACGUGCAGUUUUAUUCUAUUGCAUGCCAAGUUAUUUUUCUUAUAUGAAGUCUGAUUUGGACAUCUAUGUGGCAGAAUUAUCCUAGGGGAAAUUAAUCAGUACAUCUCAUUAGUACAUGCUGAUAUGACUCCAGGAACAGAGAAAAAAGCAUAUAUUUUUUGGUAGAGGUGGGGUCAAAUGUUCAUAUUUUAAACCUAUUUUUUGUGCCACGCAUGGCUGGCUUGGGGAGCAAUUUUCCUAGAAUUAAAUGGUUGCUAACGCAUCAUCGCUGCUAAUUAACAUGAUGGCUAAAAGAAUAACUGCAACUGUAUUAGGUACGGUAAGUAUUAAUGACGACAAAGUUUAAUUUUGUGGCUACAAAUGGUGAGAAAGAUCUAAACAGAACCAGUGUGUGUAGGAUAUUACAUCAUAGAAAAAGUCCUAUCCUGCGAAAUCCAUGGGAACUUGCUAAUACAAUGGAAGAAUUCAAGGAUUCCUGAGAUAAUCUUAUGGCUUCGCAAAGUGGGAAACGUGAAGAAUGAAGUGCUUUUCAGAUAGGAAGUGGGUGGACAGAUGUUUAAAAUAGCUCUCAUCUGUUACAAAAACGGAAUACUGUCUCUGCGUAUAAUAGAGGCUUCUCCUUAUAAUUAAAGGGUAAUAAUUAAAGAGUAUCUCAGUAUUUAUAGCAACAUGACGUACGAGAUUUCAAUUUAACAUUCAGGUAACGGGGAAAUAAAAUAAAUUGUAAUAGGAAAAUACACGGUUUUAUGUUUUGCAGUUUCUUUCAUUGAGUCAGUCUGAUUUUUGCUUCUUUUGUUAACAGAUAAACAUACACCAAGCUCUGUCAGCUAAAGAAGUCUAAACGCUACCUUUGUAUAUGUCAGGAUUUAAGUAUUUGUAUAUGUAGCCUGAGAUAGCAUAUCAAACUGAUUAUUACAUUGUUAAGUGGAAUUUCUGCAAAUUUCUGGAGUAGAAAUGAUCUGUUUCUAUUGAUGUCUACCACAAUGUAAUGUAAGCUGUGUGGAUCUGCUAGGGAAAAGGGUUAAUGUCGGGGAUCGUUCCUGCCAUUCAGUGCCUUAAAAAAAUGCAAUCCUUGUUUGAUAUUCCGUUUUAUAUUCAUUUAUGGACGCUGCAUACAUAGCGUCACUGUGUUCCAGGACAACAGAACAAUCCCCUGUUUAUCCAUUGGCAGCGGAUGUGGGUGGCAGAUGUCAUUGACGACAUGAAAUGUUGGAUGUAGUGAGAAUGUUUUUACCUUGGACGGAUUUGCUGUCAGUGAUGGAGACUGUGAUAUAAAUACAUGGUGAUUAGAGUACUCACAGCCCGUGUCUGCCUUUAGUGGAAAUUACAUUGCAUAUGCUAGGAUAUGCAUACAUCAGAAUAGCUUUAAUUAUCAAGAGAGUCCAAGUUGUUAAAUCUGGGAGGACUAAGGUCAAAGUAAUUCAAGUAAAUGGUUAUGGUGGUAGGAAUCUGUAUUUGCAGUGUUUUGUCACUUUUGUGCCAGGGGCUAGUUGCACACAAGACUCGAGAUGCCAGGCGACAGACGUAAUGAGGUUCUACCCUUACAGGCAGCACUGAUAGUGUACCUCCAAUGGGAAGCCUAGAUCUCUUCUUCCUCUUUUCUUAUGAUCCCUCCUUGCCUUACUAUACUCCUUACAAGUCCUCUAUUGUUUGGGGGGGGAAGGUUGUAAUAUCCCACCUCCCUUCCCUGACUCGAAUCACGCGCAUGCGCUCUUUGUGCUAGAGAAAAUGGUUCAAUCAGAUGCUUCUCUAUGCAAAGCAUUUGGUUGGACUAUGGAAAAGGAAUUAGUGCUGGGGUGUGGAAACACUCAAAUUUGGCUUUGCCUAGUGCUGGAUUCAAGGUACAAUUUUAUUUUUGUAAUUUAUUUACAAGGUUUGGGGUUUUGAGUUCUUUAGUUCAGUGAGCUUGGUGUGUAUAAUAUAUAUAUACAAUACUUCCCAAAUAUAUACAUGUAUGUGUGUGUGCACACUCGCACACAUAAUAUAUGCAAAUCUCCUUAUAAAGGUCCAUUUUAGUGAAUCUUGGCCCAGAAAAGUUAGUAUGGCUAUAGAAUUCUAUAAACUAUAGAAAGGUAGACCAACAAGAAUAGCUCAGUGAGACACGGAGCAUGGCUGAAAUGAUCAACGGUUAUUUGAUAAAGAAUAAAUUAAUGUGAACUGAAAUUCAAGAUGCAAAAUGUUAGCUAAAUUAGCCAAGCUGUCACUACAGCUGAGAUGGAGAUUGUUUCCAAAACAGCACCUUUGGCCUACAUUUGUUAAUUCAGUUUUCAGUUCACUACAAUUGGAAGUUAAAGGAACACUCCGGUCACCAUAACAACUUUGUAAAAAUGAAGGGGUUUUUUUGGUGCCAGGUAGCCCCCGGGGCACUUUAUUACCUACAGGGGUUAAACUUUUCUAUAAUGGCUUUACCGUAAAAGUUGCCUCCAGCACCGGAUCUGCAGUUUCCCCAAAUGAUCCAGCUUCUGAAAUUGUGUUUCAGGAAGCGCGGAGUGCCACCGAGCAGGUGGCGCCGCUGAGUGCUCUAGCCAAACAGUGGCACUGCGCACUUACUGAAGCCGGAAUCCACCAAGGAAACUGCAGAUCCGGCACUGGAGGCAAACUUUGGGAUUAAACUUGAACGAUUUAACUCCUUCAGGUAAAUGCCUAUGGGCCUCCUGACUCCAUAACAACUUAAUUUCAUUGAAGUUGUAAUGGUGACCUGAGUGUUUCUUUAAGUGAUCUUAAACACCAGUGCAUUAAGUUAUAGCUCAUUAAAUAAGUUAUUUUAUUGCUGGUUUUGGUACGUAAUGCACAGAGAAAGAAAUGUCACUGAACUAUUGUAGGCUGUAGGUAAAAAUAACCAUUCAUGAAAAGUUUCCUUAAAGGAAAUCUGCCUUUCGCACUUUGCUUACUCUUCUGGCACUCACUGGCCUGGGAGAUUUUUCACAGCUAUUGUGUAAGACAGUGUUUUGGCUGCAGCUUAAAAUGUCUGAGCCUGGGGAGUAGGCGGUUGAUGGAGUUCCUUUUUCUAGUAAAAAAAUAAAUAAAAAAGGUCUGUUUUCUGUAUGGAGCUUGGCAUGUUCAGAGGAUUUGCACAAGGAUUCUUGUUGCCCUAAGUAGGCUGUGAUUUUUGAUUUUCCUUUACAUUCUCCAUUCGUUCUCUUGUAUUUGGCAUGGCUCAAAUGCUUGACCCUUGUAGUUUGCAGAACUUGACAGCCAACUCGUUAUUCCCUAUAAACAGGCCAGCACUGCCGGAACAUGGAGGAUUUGUUCAGCAAAGUGUUCCCACGCGUUUUUCGAGGGACAGUUCAUCCAGCUCUGUUAACCCCUUGUAGCCCAAGCUUCUGUAAACUUAGUUAAAGCUUGGAAUGGGAGAGAGUCCUACAAUUCUGUUCAGUUUGUGCUUUUGUCAACAGUGUACUUUUGCAGAGAAUACACACAGAAUUCAUUCAGAGCUUGACAAAAAGGCGGAGCUACCACUGUCACACGCUGUCAGUCUCCUAACCAUCACUACUGACGGCUGAGGGGAAAAAGGCUUUUUCUAUGGAGAUUCCGGCAGUCUCCAUAGACAUCAGUGUUGUCCUCUCGCGCAUGUAUUGGUUCCUGGCAGAUGAAGUACCAGGAGCUGAAGUGGAGGCACUGGAUCAAGGUGGCAGCAUCCAUGUGGGACGGGUUAAAUCAAGUAAAACCUAACUUUUCAGCACCACUGGUGCUAUGAUGUCACCAUAGGGGGUCUUUUGCAAAAUAUGCAAAGAUCCCAGAAGGUGACAGAGAAACUUUAAAUAUAACUUUCAGAUACUGUUUUUUUAAACAAAAUUAUAGCCUACAUAUUUUUUUUCCAACAAAUAAUUGUACUUUACCUUUAAAAGUUCGACAGAUCUGCUCUUAUAAUUAAUCCUGCUGGAAGACUAGACUGUGUAUUCCUGGGAAGAGCAAAAACAUGGGGUGAGCUGUAAGCACAUCUUAGAGCCCAUCUAUAACGUUAAUUUAUUCAUUCAUUAUUAACAAAUGUUAACAGACAUAUUAUUUUGGGAGUUAUUUUUGCUUCUUAUGAAUUUGGUUUUCCACAUGUGUCUUUCAAUAAAAUGUUGGAUUUCAACACUCAUCACUUUCAGCAUGCAUUCAGGUUAAUGUGAAUGAUAGAUUACUGCCUCAAUUUGGGAUUUGUACCCUUGUAUAGGUUCAAAAACAGCAUGAAGAAGAAUGGCAGAGAUUAUAUCACACAUAUGUGGAAUGAACGUUAGUACGCAUGUUGAAAUUAAGUUACAGCUGUCAUCUACUCCAAAGUUCUAAAACUGAAUGCAUCAUUGUCUUGGAUCAGAUGCAGUCAUGAUCCAGUGUUUAUUUUUAGUCCACUCUUAAUAAAAUGUAUAAAUAUUUCCAAACCUUCUUUGGUAUGAUGUCAGAACCUUUGAUCAGAAGCAUUUUGCCUCCAGGCUGCAGCACUGUUGGUAAGCUUGUACUUAAUAACCUUUACUUAGGAAUAAACUAUCGCUAAUAAGAAUAAGCCCACUGGAUCUUAAAACCAAACAUAGAACAUUGUAGGGUUUUGCAACUUAUUAUUUUUACAGAUCACAAAAUAAGCCAUCGACGGAGGUGCCCUUGAUAAAAAAUAAAAGUAAAAAGUAGUACAGACAUGGGGCAAAGUUCUAAAAAUGGAUCAAUCACCAUGGAAACUGACGGAAUAAGGAGCAACAUUCCUUUGCUUUCUGUAUUUCCUGCACCACGUGCCAACCUUUUCCCCACAGUCACUUUUGAUAUGUAACCCCCACUGGAUAAAACAAUUGAAACUAAUUUUCCAACUUGCUUGCUCUUAGCCCACAGCUUUUGUAGUAAAUAGAAUAUUAGAAGCGCAAGGCAAUCACCUGUAUAGUUGUGCCACUGGAUGUGCUACAUUAGUAAAAAAUGGCACUCCAGGGACUAUAACGCUUUUUAUUGCAUCCCCUGCUGCUGGUCAGCCAGAGAGGUAGAUGGCAGGCAGGGCAGGGGCAAUGAGCUCAGUUAUUGGCUGUUUUCAAAAAGCAGCUUCCUUGGGUUCCUUCCCCCCCUACAAAUAAUAUUGCCCUCUAGGUAGCUAUAGCACCGGGUUAGACUAGGAAAAAAUCUGGACUAGGAAUUUAAAGCACCUCUGUUGCUGCCUGGCGUCUUUUCAUAAUUUGCAAGAGCCCCUGACAGUGACAUCGCUUUCGGGGCCCAGGGGCCUGUGGGCCAGGCAAAGGUGAGAUUUACUUACCUAAACCUGUCCCUCAUGGGCACUGCCACCCUUCUUCAGCUCUCUGUGCUUCAGCUGCCAGGAGCCGACAUCGGCAAUGUAAUCUAGCGCAUGCACGAGAGUACAACAUUGGCGUCUGAUGGAAUGUGAUUUUCUUUAUGCUUUUUGAUAUUUAAUAUGUUCGUGAAUAAACCUCUAGCAUAAGUUUCAAAGUUUUAGCAUAGUAAGAUUUUUGGUUGUUUACAAGUUUGGACUUUAUACCUUCUUUCCUACAGUUGCAAGAAAAAGUAUGGGAACCCUGUGGAAUGAUAUGGAUUUCUGCACAAAUUGGUCAUAAAAUGUGAUCUGAUCAUCAUCUAAGUCACAACAAUAGACAAUCCCAGUCUGCUUAAACUAAUAACACACAAAGAAUGAAAUGUUGCCAUGUUUUUAUUGAACACACCAUGUAAACAUUCACAGUGCAGGUGGAAAAAGUAUGUGAACCCUUGGAUUUAAUAACUAGUUGAACCUCCUUUGGCAGCAAUAACUUCAACCAAACGUUUCCUGUAGUUGCAGAUCAGACGUGCACAACGGUCAGGAGUAAUUCUUGACCAUUCCUCUUUACAGAACUGUUUCAGUUCAGCAAUAUUCUUGGGAUGUCUGGUGUGAAUCGCUUUCUUGAGGUCAUGCCACAGCAUCUCAAUCGGGUUGAGGUCAGGACUCUGACUGGGCCACUUCAGAAGGCGUAUUUUCUUCUGUUUAAGCCAUUCUGUUGUUGAUUUACUUCUAUGCUUUGGGUCAUUGUCCUGUUGCAACACCCAUCUUCUGUUGAGCUUCAGCUGGUAGACAGAUGGCCUUAAGUUCUCCUGCAAAAUGUCUUGAUAAACUUGGGAAUUCAUUUUUCCUUCGAUGAUAGCAAUCCGUCCAGGCCCUGACGCAGCAAAGCAGCCCCAAACCAUGAUGCCCCCACCACCAUACUUCACAGUUGGAAUGAGGUUUUGAUGUUGGCAUGCUGUGCCUUUUUUCACCACACAUAGUGUUGUGUGUUUCUUCCAAACAACUCAACUUUGGUUUCAUCUGUCCACAGAAUAUUUUGCCAGUACUGCUGUGGAACAUUCAGGUGCUCUUGUGCAAACUGUAAACGUGCAAGCAAUGUUUUGUUUGGACAGCAGUGGCUUCCUGUGUGGUAUCCUCCCAUGAAAUCCAUUCUUGUUUAGUGUUUUACAUAUUGUAGAUUCACUAACAGGGAUGUUAGCAUUUGCCAGUGACUUUUCUAAGUCUUUAGCUGACACUCUAGGAUUCUUCUUCACCUCAUUGAGCAGUCUGUGCUGUGCUCUUGCAGUCAUCUUUACAGUACGGCCACUCCUAUGGAGAGUAGCAGCAGUGCUGAACUUUCUCCAUUUAUAGACAAUUUGUCUUACUGUGGACUGAUGAACAGCAAGGCUUUUGGAGAAACUUUUAUAACCCUUUCCAGCUUUAUGUAAGUCAACAAUUCUUAAUCGUAGGUCUUCUGAGAGCUCUUUUGUGCGAGGAUCAUUCACAUCAGGCAAUGCUUCUCGUGAAAAGCAAACCCAGAACUGGUGUGUGUUUUUUAUAGGGCAGGGCAGCUGUAACCAACACCUCCAAUCUCAUCUCAUUGAUUGGACUCCAGUUGGCUGACAUCUCACUCCAAUUAGCUCUUGGAGAUGUCAUUAGUCUAGGGGUUCACAUACUUUUUCCACCUGCACUGUGAAUGUUUACAUGGUGUGUUCAAUAAAAACAUGGCAACAUUUCAUUCUUUGUGUGUUAUUAGUUUAAGCAGACUGUGAUUGUCUAAUGUUGUGACUUAGAUGAUGAUCAGAUCACAUUUUAUGACCAAUUUGUGCAGAAAUCCAUAUCAUUCCAAAGGGUUCACAUAGUUUUUCUUGCAACUGUAUAUCCUACUCUUUUACUGCUGUUAAAGUCCUAAUUAAACAUCCCCCCUUAUCUGCCCAGUAACAGCAGGAAAGUCCAAAACUCAUCACCCCCCUUUUACUACCCUCUCUAUAUGUUAAUACCAGGUGUAACUAUCUGAUUGGAUAAAGAAUAAAAGCACGCCUUGUUAAAGAACACAAUAUAACCUGGGGAUAUGCAAUGGAAUUUUGGAGAUGUUACUGUGAACAACUUGUCUUUAUCAGUUCACGGUGGCCUCUUCCCAGCGCUGCAGAGAGAUUGCAGGACAAACAAGAGAUUGCUAAAUUACACAGAAGUCCAUGGCAAAGAAGUGAUUAUUUUAAGAGGUAUUCAUUUUAUUCUUACAGUGUCUAUUGAGGAUGCCACAGGAUCGUCCACAGACAGAGCUAAUUUCCAUACAACCGUCACUGGUGAUGGCUGGGGGAGAUGACAAGGCUUGAUGGCGGAGGAAAAAUACUGAGACAAAGUAGUCCCUUCUUUGUCUCAAUAUAUUUUUUGGCUGGGUUGGAAUUUCAGUCAUAUUUUAUCAUUACUCUAUCUGUGGUCAAUGAAGGGGAGUGUUGUGUCAUCACCAAUAACACACUCAGCCCCCAAACUGGGUUAUGUCAUGUCAUGCGCAGAUCCGUGCUGAAGAUCUCUCUGGUGUCCCCAUACGUGGAAUACACAAAGACAAAAGACUUACAGGGUUGUUGUGUGUUUGUGUAUGGAGAGGUUGCUUGGGGUUUUGUAUGCACUAGCAACUUGCUUGUAAGAUUGUGGUGGGUCUACAUGUGAUAUUUUAUAUGGAGUAGACUACCAGUGGUGUUUUGUGGAGGGAUGGGGCGUGCAUGUGGUGUUGCUUGUGUGGGGUACAGUACCUGUGGUGGUGUGUGCACAUGAGGAGGCUGCUUUUGGGGAAACGGGUGUGGGGAUUCUAUUUGUGGGAUUGCAUGUGGGCUCACCCUGAUACUGUGGAAGAAGCAUGGACUUUGGUCUUUGGUCUGCACCUGCAGUAGGUGCAGAGCAAGGUUACUGGCUCUCCUUUCGCUUUGGAAGUUUAUUAAAUGUGAAAUAUAAUGAACUGACAGAAAAACAGUAAUCUUUACUUCGAAUUUGAUUGAAGAACAGUCCAUCUUUGCAGUUCAUUUGUCUUUACAGUACUGUUCACUGUUUAGUGAAUAAACCGCUGUAACAUAUUCAGUGCACCCUGGUACAACUCCUUAGAUUACCCAAAAAUAAAAAAGGAAUCCUCCACUUUCUUUCCAUUCCAUCACGGUGAAAAAUGCAGCUUCACAUAUCCUGUAAACUAUAUAAAUUCUCCUUAUUUGCAAAAUUAUAGUACAUUAUAUCGCUUUGAAAUAACUUGGCAAGAAGGAGUAAGAGUUUGAGCGUCCAGUAGAUAAUAACAGACGGUAAACUGAAGACUGAGCAAAAUGUCCUAUAGUAGAAACAAAAAUCAUACACAUUCAGCACCCAGUGCAAAGAACGUAUUGCUGACUUUAUGAUCCAAUCUCUGCUUACAGCAGAUUAUAGUUAUGGUAAAUCAUAAUAUUUCUAGUGCCAGCAUAUUCUGCAGAGAUGCACAAUUCAAAAAUACCAGAUCAAUCACAAUGGAAUACACCAGAACAUGUUUUUAUCGCAGUUUGUUGGGAUUUAUUCACUAAACAAAAAUAUGUAGUCGAUUGAGAACCAAAUUGCAAAACAAAAUUUGUAAAUUAUUCACCCUCUCCCAUCUGGACUCAGCAUGAAAAUUUCGACUUAAAGGGGACUCUAUAGCCACCAGAAUAGCUACACCUUAUUGUAUUUGUUCUAGUGAGUCUAAUCAUCCCCUUCAGACUUUGCUGUAAACACUGCCUUUUCAGAGAAAUGACAGUGUUUACAUUACAGCCUAGGGAUACCUCCACUGGCCACUCCUCAGAUGGCUACUAGAGGUGCUUCCUGGGGCAGUGCUGCAAAGUAUGACUGACAUUCAGUGUCUCCACCCUCUGCAUGGAGACACUGAACUUUCAUCAUAGAGAUGCAUUUAUUCAAUGCAUCUCUAUGGGGAGAUGCUAAUUGGCCAUGGUGGCAUUUGGCUCUGCCCCCUCCCGUUGGCUGAGAUCAUCAGAAUUGACAAUCUCAGCCAAUCCAAUGCUUUCCUAUGGCAUCUAGAUGGUGUUUAUAACACUAUAGGGAUAGAAAUAUAUGUUUUUGUUCUUGACCCUAUAGUGUUCCUUUAAAUUAUACUGUCAAUUUUUAUUUCACUAUAAUUCCUUGUUUAGUGAAUGAACACAUUCUAAUAGGUUGACUUUUUGCUCCUCCUCCUCUGACGAUCACCGUAUUUGCCCUGAUGGAAGACACUUCCACAAGCAGGGCAUACCUCUUUAGUUAUGACGAGACGCUGGUUUCAUUGGCAGCGUGCCCUCUUCAGAGCAAAGUGACAUUACGCCACUCCAUUCCUAUACCCCCUAGUUGGCACUAACAGGGUUUUCAUGGAAACCACAUUUCUGUGGCGGCUAUAGAUGGACCUCCUAUGGAAGGUCUUUUCUGCUCUCCCUGUCAAUCAAUUCCGUGGCAGUAAGUGUAAGGAGAAAAUGCUAUUUUUAAGUAGAUUUUGUGAUAAAAUUUCAAUAAAUGGGUGGAUAAUUGGGAUAUAAUGGAAACAGAUACCAACAGGCAAAAUUUUCAAAUGUAUCUAUGAUUACGGCAUGAUUCAUGAGUGACACCUUUCGGAGCCUUUCCCAUUUCAUGCCAUUCUUCUAAAGAAAAAUAGACAAUUCUUUUUCCCAUUGUGUCAUGUGUUUCCCAUUGUGUAAUGUAAGGACAUUAAAAGUAAUUUCUUCUUAAUACAACAGUGUAUCUGUUUCUCCAACUCCAAUGCUAUGUGUCUUAUGGCUGUGCCUGACUUGCAUUAUGAUGUCAUUUGAUAAAUCUUUAAUAUUCAUUUAAAGGGACAAUCCAGGCAUCACAACAACUUUAGUUUAUGGUUUUGGGCCACUUCAUUGAUUUGUAGUGGUCAUGGUGUCUGGGACCUGCAUGUGCAUUGUUUCACUAUGAAAUACUACACAUACAGAGUUUAACCCCACUGCUACCAGAUGUGUAACUCCACCUUUGGCAACAUCAUUGGGUGUUACUAGAGUUCUGACUGGCUACUGUCCAUUCUGUGCAACAUUUUGAUUGCACAGAAUAUCAGCCAUUGGCUGCGAGUUAUCAUCCAACACUCUCAGCUAAUGAAUGGCAAUGGCUGUGGUCGGUCGCUGCUUGCGGAAGCGCGUCAUCAGACCAUCAGGGAGCUUCGGAAUCAACACGGACCCAGGUAAGGGGGUAAACCAUUCCUGAACGAUUUGCCCUAUAACCGGGGAACUGGGCCAGGGUACUCCUGGCAUAAUGACCACUACAUGGGCUGUAGUGGUUCUAGUACUUGGAGUAACCCUAUAAGUCAAGUUAUAGGUGAUUUUCUUAAUGUUUUAUUCAGUACUGUAAAUUCCAAAUAAGUGACAGUUUUCUUUAAAACAGGAAACAACAUUUAAAUUGGAAAAGUGUAGGGUUCUUGAAUAUGCGGAGGAUAUUAUGUGAGUAUUUUCUAUGCUCUCAGCAGCCAUAUUACGCAUCUCCUUGCCCUGACAUACUUACUCAUGCCGUGCUCACGCAUCUACAUUCUCUCACCAUCCUGCAGGGGGGCACGUUAGUCAUAUACUUCCUGCUGUGACUACAGAUGUCUAGAAAUUGCUUCUUCUACAAUAACUUUUUUUUUAACCAGCAUUAAUCAGCCUUAUGUAGGUGUACUUCAGGAUGCACCAGUAUAAUGAGGACGAGGAACAUCUAGUGCUUUACAGUGGCAUUUGCCUCCUAUAUAUUUUUUUGUUUAGUUUUUUUAUUAUUUUCAUUUACAUCUUAAGUUAUGUUGACUUAGUCAUUUUAUCCGCAAACACCUGUUCUCCGAUCUGCGACAAUAUUACUGCAUAGGAAGAAAUGCAUUUAUAGAUCAUAACCUUUAAUCGCAUUUACCGCAAUUACUAUAAUUCCUAAUAAUGACCUGUCAAGAAUUAAACGAUAAUUUCCAAUUUAAGACAAAUAAAAUAGCAAAAUAGAAAUGUUUUGGAUUAUUUUUCCAGUUUGAAUAGUGUGGUUUAAAAUAAGAAUUUCACUUAAAAAUUCACUUUUGCAUUCUUGCCAAUUCACAUUUUAGAGAAAAGCACUGAAUGACCUACUGGAUAGAUGUAAUAUUAAAGCCUGUGAAUUGAAAGUGUUGUAAAGAGUAUCUCUUUUAUACCUAGGUCCAUUCGUCCAUUCGUCUCUCGUUGUGGACUGUGAUUUUCCUAUGUCAGGGAUCCACAAUCUUCCAAAAUGUAAACAUUUGAGUCUUUUUGAAAAUUAGGGUAUUUGUGAAGGGAGUGAAUAUGGUGUGGAAAAAAGUGCAAUCCCAACUUUGUCUUUGCCAAACUUCAAGCUUUUUCUAUGGCAGCCAACAGGGAAAUGUCAUUAGGACAUUGUGUAUAUAGAAAGUAUGGUGGAUGAAACACAGAGUCAGGAGAUCUGCAAAGCGUGAAUCUGGGGUGGUGUCUGUGAGCGUGUUAGAGUUGGCUAAUCAGGAGAAAGCCUGACAAGGGCUGCUGCACUAUAUGCGUAAAUGUGAAGAAAGUGAAGUCCCCUGUUUCCACAUGUUUGGAGACUAAUCAUCAUAUUAUGGGCUUUCUAUGAAUCGUAGUGUAAUUUAGAAUAAAGGACCUUUAUAACAGUCGGUGAGGACCAAAUUUGACCAAAAUUCUUCCUUGAAUAGAUGGACCUCUGUGGGCCUGUCAUCUUAUUGAUGGGCCUCCAAUGCAUGGUUUGUUAUUUGGGUUUUCUGUAGACAUGGCUGCAUGUUGGUUGGUGGAUCAUUGUCCAAUUCACAGGUCAACUUUACCUACUUAGAUCAGAGUCCAUGUUGUGUAUGUGUAUGAAUCCACAUUUCACUUCUGAGGUGAUUUUUUUACCUCCUUCACAGGGUACCAACAGGAGCAAAAUAUUGUGGUGAGCCACCUCCACAUUUGUUAGGAUAAUUUAUAAAUGUAAAUGACAACUCAUAAAGUAAUAUUGUUGACCUCCGUACAUGAACCAGUCUUACUUGAUGUUAUUUUUUUUUUUAGAUGGCUUUAACCGAAGAAACUUAAUUUCUGUAGCACGACUAAACAAAAUGGUCUUUGCUAUUGCAGCUAAAGUAUAUAUAUUUACCUGAAUGUUUGAAGAUGUUUUCUUGUUAUUUUUGUGUUGGCCCUUAAUUAUAUUGGGCCAUAUAACCUUUUACUGUUUAUUUUGCAGCUUCAACGAGUGAAGCCAGUCAAGGAGAAAUCAGGAGACCAGUCUCCGGCCAUGGAAUCGGCAGUGCAGCUUCUGAGCCGGGACAGUCACACCAUAUCCCACAAUUCUAAGCGGCAUUACCAUGAUGCCUUUGUGUGCAUGAAUAGAAUGCGUCAACGGGGACUCCUAUGUGAUAUCGUGCUUCACGUGGGAACCAAGGAAAUCAAGGGCCAUAAAGUGGUGCUGGCAUCCUGCAGUCCUUAUUUCCAUGCCAUGUUUACAAGUAAGUCCAUGUCUGUGGCUACACGUCUGUUGAUUUGUAGUAAUAUGUAAUGUUAUUGAAUAUGGAUCUUCCAAUAAGGCCAUUGGCAAUAUAUUGAUAAGAAAACCAAACAUUCCAUGUCAAAGAAUAAAAGAUGAAUAAAAGCUAAUAAAUCCAUGGAAAGCCAAAACGUUUAUCUCUGAUUUUUGAAUUUGACUGCCGUCAGCCAAGGACAAAUUGGGUGUAAAUGUCAUAUAAACAAAGUGCAGGAGCAGGUGACAUACACCCACGGGUGCUUAGGGAACUUAGCUCAGCUAUUUUUGAUCAUCAAGGACAUAGACAAUGCCAAACCACUUACAUCCGUUGUUUUUAAGACAUAGUGGAGCGGACUGUGGAUUGUGUUCACCUUUUGCAGAAGCUGUUUAAUAACAGAGUGACCCCUGGACACCUUACUGGACAGAUACCAAGAUGAAAAUAUUUUUUAUUAUUAUUUGAGGGGCAUAAAAUCUUAGCAGCAUAUAUUUGAUUUUUUUUUUUUUUUUGCAUAUAAGCAAACUGUGAAUAAUUUGGAAAAAAUGUCAGAGAGGGUUUCUGGAGACAUUGUAAUAAAUUAUGAGCACAAAGUGGUUUAUAAACAUCUCCAGAAACCAAAUACGGAAUUUAUUUCCCCUAACACAGCCUUUAGCCUGAUGUUUCUUUUUUUUUCUUACAUUUUGUAACUGGAGAGAGAAAUGUGUCUCUGGAGCAUCUCCUGGCAUGUGAAUUUUGGGAGAGGAUGUGAAUUAAUGGCAGUAGCUGCAAAUAGCAACUCCUACCGGGGAGUGUAGCUUCUUCUAAUCUCAGCCAGGCUGAUGCAGUGUUAAAGGCACCCUAAGCAUCAGGAAUACCCACCACCAGAUGCGAAGGAAAAAAGUAUUUAAAUUAUUUACCAGUCUUGAUGAUCUCUACCAAUCCAAUGCUUUCCCCUAUUAACGCAUUGGGAGACUAGUGCGCAUGCCUGGCAGAACCAGGUCUGCACUAAUCAAAUGGUCACUAUUAAACCAUCUGAUAGAAUAGUCGCCUUUAAAUUGGCUAUUGUGGUCUCUUGCCCAGUUUAGCACUGUGUUUAAAAAAAAAACAACUGGUAGACUGUAGUUUGCCCAAAUUAUGUUUUGAUUCUUACUAAUGAGCGCUGUGUGCAAUGAAAAGUGUGAAUGAAGAUUUUCCAUUUGACUUGUAAACCAUGUCUUUCCUUUUGACCUGUAGAUGAGAUGAGUGAAAGCCGGCAGACACAUGUAACCUUGCACGACAUUGACCCCCAAGCCCUGGACCAGCUGGUACAGUAUGCCUACACAGCAGAAAUUGUAGUGGGUGAAGGUAAUGUUCAGGUAAGUGUACACAAAUUAAUAACACUAAUAAAUAACACUAGUAACACGUUUAAACAGGAAAUGUAGAUUUAACUUUCUGCUUGUUCUUUAUUGGGUUCUUGAGAUUAUUCUUACCCAACUCAAUGAUAGUUAUUUAACGUGUUUGGCAGGAUAAAAUCCUGCAGUGAUCUUGAUGGGGAAUCAAACCUGCGACUCUAUCCACUGAACUAUCUGGAAGGCCUUGUGAUACAAGUUGCAAUCUUAUUUUCUUUAUCAUAUGUUUAGAACAUUUGUUACUUUCUUCUGUGAAGUGAUUUAUUGGAAUUAGUUUCCCAUUGUAUCCUCUAAAACAAUCACUUAAAGGGAUGCUAUAGGCAUCAAAAUAACUUUAAUUUAACAGAGCAGAUUGGGUGUAUAGAUUAUUCUCCUGCAGUCUCACUGCUCAUUCUCUGUUAAAUCACUUUUGUUUAGGUUUAUGCAGCCCUUGCCACACCUCCCCUGGCUCUGACUGACACAGCCUACAUGAAAACAAAAUGGUUUCAUUUUCAAUCAGAUGUAACUAACUUUAAUAGCUUUUAUCUCCUGCUCUGCAAGUUAAGCCUUUCUCACACAAAGGAGGCACCAGCAGGGUCUAGCAAGCUUAGCAGUGCAAUAAAUAAGAAAUUUUAAAUUAGACAGAAUUAGCAAUAAAGGAAGUGUAAACAUUAGAUGACUCUUUAUAGGAAGUGUUUAGGAACGGUGUGUAAGUCACAUGCAAGGCGGUGUGACUAGGGCUGUAUACACAAAGUGAUUUAACUCCUGAAUGGCAGAUAAUUGAGCAGUAAGACUGCAGGGGUAUGAUCUAUACAACACUGAGCUCACUCGUUUCCCCCACCCGUAGUUUUAGGGAUGGAGAAUUAAAGUAACAGACUAGUUGGUCUGUCUGGCAACUCAGUCCUUAUCUCAUCCCAAUUGGAUAGGGCAAACACUGAAUUAUAGAUGUUUCCAAAGUACAAUGUCACAGGGAUGCCGUGACACACACCAAUCCUAGUUUAAUACCAACUCCCUGAGCAUCAAAUAUGCUGAAACUACCCACCAAGUAUCACGUCGGUGUGAUUCAAAGGAGGGUGGCUUCUCAAAUGUCUUUAUGCAAAACAAACAGAGACUGAAAAAUAAAGAUUUUAAUACCUACUACAUCGAUGCUGAUCAAAUGCUACUCACUCCACAUCUCCUACAAAGGCAAGGAGCCAUCUUCAAAGAAACCUAGAGGGACACUAUAGGCAGUGGCGUACUAAGAGGGGGGGCGGGGGGGGCGGUCCGCCCCGGGUGCCCCCCCCCACCCCCCCAUGCUGCAGCCGCCCGAGCGCUCUGUACAGAGCCUCAGGCGGCUGCAGCUUUGCCCGGGUGGUGCUUCCAUGAGGGCGGACCGCACCGCCCGGGCGCAGCCUGAGAAAGGGAGCUGACACUCCUGUCAGCUCCCUCACUGCAGCAUGGUCCGCGGGUACAGGGAGCAGCUGUCUCCUGUACCCGGCCGGACUAACAGGAAGUGCACACUGAGGGGUGAGAGAAAAUAGGAGCGGGGGUGAGAGAAAUUAGGAGGGGGGUGAGAAAGAGAAAUUGGGAGGAGGAGAAGGAAAUUGGAGCGGGAGGAGAGAUUGACAUUCAUUACAUACACACAAUGCACCCCUUGCACACAGAAAAACACACAGACACACAUACACAAUCAAUGCAACCGUUACACACAAUGCAUCCCUUACACACACAGAAACACACAAUGCAUUCAUUACACACACUUAAUGCCCCGCUUACACACAUUCAAUGCAUUCCAUACAUACACAGAAACACACCUUGCAGUCCUUACACAUACAAACACAAUUUCACACAAUGCAUUCCUUACACACAUAUCAGGACAUCCCCUACACACUCCACCCCCUGUGAACAAACUCAUUGGUGGAACAUAAAGGUGGACCCUGGGACCCAGACCUUGAGCUGUGUAAAGGACCCCCAAAAAAUGGAGCUGCUUCCCGUUCUCCCAGAACAUUGAUUUUUGUGACCACAGUUACAAACCGCCUCCAGAGAGCCUGUUCUGCACCAGACCAGUGGAGCCAGACUGCAGCUAGAGCCCAUCAUCAUCCUCAUCUGGUUGUAAGUAGGCAAUCUAGUAUAUUAUUUGUGGCACUAAGCUCUAAUUUACCUCACAUUAAAGAAACACUAUAGUCCCCAGAACCACUUCAGCUUAAUGUAGUGGUUCUGGUGUCUAUAGCCUGUCCCUGCAGGCCUUUUAAUGUAAACACGGCGGCACUGCAGCACUGGCGUUAGUUAACAUGGCAAAUCAUAUGGCUGGGGCAUUGUGAUGUCACAUGGGGGGGCGGCAAACUUUACUUUUGCCUAGGGCGGCAAAAAUCCUUGUACCGGCCCUGGCUGGAGGGGGCUGUGUGAGCUGUGGCCGCACAGUGUCCCAUGGUAGUUAGGCCGCACGGAGGAAAUGUGUAUGUGUGACUGUCUGCCUGUGACUGUGUGUGACUGUCUGCCUGUAACUGAGUGUGUGACUGUCUGUCUGUAACUGAGUGUGUGACUGUCUGCCUGUAAAUGUGUGUGUGGGGCUGCAGGGAUUUUGUAGAAGGGGGUGGGGGUUUUGUAUUGGGACAGGAGUCUUUAUAAGGGGGGAUAAGCAGGGGAUUUGUGGAAGGGGGUUGCGGGGGUUUUGUAGAUGGGGCAGUACAGGAUUUGUAGAAGGGGCAGGACAGAGGUUUUGUAGGAGGGGCAGGGCAGGACAAGGGUUUUGUAGGAGGGGCUGACAACGGUUUUGCAAAGUUUACAAAUUGUAAAAAUAAAAGAAAUAAAACCUUUAAUAUUUUUUACAGGUUUAUUUAUUUAUUUAUUUUUUGGGAGGAGGGGGGUGAGGGGGGGUGCCAAGCACAGGAUCCGCCCCGGGUGCCAAAUGCUCUAGGUACGCCCCUGACUAUAGGCACCCCAGACCACUUCAUCUCAGUGAAAUGGUCCAGGUGCCAUUUCCCCAGCGUUUUAACCGUGCAGGAAUGAUAAUGUUUUCAUUGUGGGGUUAAGCUCCCUCCUACUGACAGCCACUAGAGCUGCUUCCACAGAAUCAUGGAGUAAAACUGCACUGUUUACCAUCUGAUUGGUGCAGUGCAUAUUUCUUUUUGCUGCACAUGCUCACCAACCUCCUAUGACAAAAGGAAAGCAAAAUCACCUUUUUAACCCUGACAGUGGGGGACGAGACACCUAAAUGGUGACUAGGGUAUUACAGUGUUGGGAAUGCACAUUUGUAUUCCUAAUGCUAUAGUGUUCCUUUAAGUACCAGCCACAAUGUGAAAAUAAAGACAUAUACAUUAAAAGUGAAAGAGAAAGUGAAAGAGGCUCAGCUUUAAAGCGGCACUGUCAUGCCGAAUCCCGUUUUUUUUUUAACCCCCCUCCCGCCUCCACUACAUCCAAUUGACCCACUAGUCACCCCCAAAUGCCCCUAAGCCCCCCACAUUACCUAUUUUUUAAUCCUUAUUUUCUGCCCCGAUCUUGAUUCAGGGCGCCGCCAUCUUUGUGUGGGUAGAUGAAGUCCCUGUGGGACACGUCACCUGCCCACACUAGACAGACUGUGAGAUUCCCGCACAUGCCCAGUGAAACACCUGGACAUGCGCACGGGAAUUUCAUCUAUUCAUUCAUUCAUCAGACAGACGAAUGAGUGAAUAGAAAGAUCAGCCGAACAAACUAACACUAUGUAUCAGUGUUAGUUUGUUCGUUCAGUUUAUUACAAGGAGGGAGCUACCGGCGUGCAUCUCCCUCCUCGUAAUAUGUAAGUAUAGAAGCGGCAGGGAGCAGUGCUCCCCACCACUUCAUAAGCCCCCCCCAGGUCCCCCUCUCACUCUAUGGGGGUCAAUAUGACCCCCAUAAUAGCACAAGGAAGAUUAAAAUCUCCCAAAUGCCCCUACUCGCUAUACCGCCUGUGGCUGCUCACUGUUGAAAAAAAAUGACAUAAAUUACAAUAAGGGGGGGAGGACCUAUUGUCCUCCCCCCCUCCCCCACCCUGAGCGGCGGGUGGGGGCCAUGAAGAUAAUGGGGGGGGGGGCCUACUGUCCUCCCCCCCGGCCCCCACCCCUGAGCGGUGGGUGGGGGCCCUAAUAAAACAAUAAGGGGGGGUACCUUCUGCCCUCCCCCCCUGGCCCCCACCCCUGAGCGGUGGGUGGGGGCCCCAGUAAAACAAUAAGGGGGGGGACCUACUUCCUCCCCCCCUGGCACCCACCCCUGCGCAGUAGGUGGGGGCCCUAAUAAAACAAUAAGGGGGGGUGGACCUACUGUCCUCCCCCCCGGCCCCCACCCCUGAGCGGUGGGUGGGGGCCCUAAAUAAAGAUAUGAGGGGGAACUUCUGUCCCCCCCCCCUGGCCCCCACCCCUGCGUGGUGGGUGGGGGCCCUAAUAAAACAAUAAGGGGGGGACCUACUGUCCUCCCCCCCUGGCCCCCACCCCUGAGCAGUGGGUGGGGGCCCUAAUAAAACAAUAAGGGGGGGGGACCUACUGUCCUCCCCCCCGGCCCCCACCCCUGCACGGUGGGUGGGGGCCCUAAUAAAACAAUAAGGGGGGGGAACCUACUGUCCUGGCCCCCACUCCUGAGCGGUGGGUGGGGGCCCCAGUAAAACAAUAAGGGGGGGACCUACUGUCCUCCCCCCCUGGCCCCCACCCCUGAGCGGUGGGUGGGGGCCCUAAAUGAAACACCCCAAUCAAGGUGACUAGGGGUCCCAAGCCCCUAGUCACCCCCCCCACCCAAAAAAAACCUAUCCCCUACCUACCCCCCUCACCCUAAAAAUAGUGAGGGGGGAAUAAAAUAACUAACCUGUUAAAAAAAAUUAAACUUACCAUUUGACGUCUUCUUUUUUCUAAAAUCUUCUUUCUUCAGCCCCCAAAAAGGCCAAAUAAAAUCCAUUACACCCGUCGCACUUUAAAAAAAAAAAAAAAAGAACUUCAAAAGAACUUUCCCACGCUGUGUAAAAUGACACAGAGCACUCUGAUUGGGUGGCUUGAAAGCCACCCAAUCAGAGUGCUCUGAGUCAUUUUACACAGCGUGGGAAAAUUCAAAAGAACUUUCCCACGCUUUGUAAAAUGACUCAGAGCACUCUGAUUGGCUUAAACCCACCAAUCAGAGUGUUCUAAGCCUAAUUGCAGGGCGGGGCAAGGCUUUAUAAGCCUUGACCCGCCGUGCGGAGCUCAGUACGCGGCGUGCCCUCGAAGGGCGAACAUGGAUUAAUUUUUUUUUGCGCUCGGUAGGUUUUUUUGGGUGGGGGGGGUGACUAGGGCCUUGGGACCCCUAGUCACCUUGAUUGGGGGGGGUGUUUCAUUUAGGGCCCCCACCCACCGCUCAGGGGUGGGGGCCAGGGGGGGGAGGACAGUAGGUCCCUCCCCCUUAUUGUUUUACUGGGGCCCCCACCCACCGCUCAGGGGUGGGGCCCGGGGGGGAGGACAGUAGGUCCCCCCCCUUAUUGUUUUAUUGGGGCCCGGGGGAGGACAGUAGGUCCCCCCCUUAUUGUUUUAUUAGGGCCCCCACCCCUGCGGGGGCCAGAAGUUCCCCCCCAUAUCUUUAUUUAGGGGCCCCACCCACCGCUCAGGGGUGGGGGCCGGGGGGGAGGACAGUAGGUCCCCCCCUUAAUGUUUUAUUAGGGCCCCACCCACCGCGCAGGGGUGGGGGCCAGGGGGGGAGGACAGUAGGUCCCCCCCUUAUUGUUUUAUUAGGGCCCCCACCCACCGCGCAGGGGUGGGGCCGGGGGGGGACAGAGGUUCCCCCCCAUAUCUUUAUUUAGGGCCCCCACCCACCAAUCAGGGGUGGGGGCCGGGGGGAGGACAGUAGGUUCCCCCCCCUCAUUGUUUUAUUAGGGCCCCCACCCACCGCGCAGGGGUGGGGGCCAGGGGGGGAGGACACUAGGUCCCCCCCCCUUAUUGUUUUAUUUGGGCCCCCACCCACUGCGCAGGGGUGGGGGCCAGGGGGGACAGAAGUUCCCCCCCAUAUCUUUAUUUAGGGCCCCCACCCACCGCUCAGGGGUGGGGGCCGGGGGGGAGGACAGUAGGUUCCCCCCCCCAUUGUUUUAUUAGGGCCCCCACCCACCGCGCAGGGGUGGGGGCCAGGGGGGGAGGACACUAGGUCCCCCCCCUUAUUGUUUUAUUUUGGCCCGCACCCACUGCGCAGGGGUGGGGGCCGGGGGGGGACAGAAGUUCCCCCCCAUAUCUUUAUUUAGGGCCCCCACCCACCGCUCAGGGGUGGGGGCCGGGGGGGAGGACAGUAGGUCCUCCCCCUUAUUGUUUUAUUAGGGCCCCCACCCACCGCGCAGGGGUGGGGGCCAGGGGGGGAGGACACUAGGUCCCCCCCCUUAUUGUUUUACUAGGGCCCCCACCCACCGCGCAGGGGUGGGGGCCGGGGGGGGCCAGAAGUUCCCCCCCCAUAUCUUUAUUUAGGGCCCCCACCCACCGCUCAGGGGUGGGGGCCAGGGGGAGACAGUAGGUCCCCCCCAUCUUUAUUUAGGGCCCCCACGGGCAUGGGGGGUGGGGGGGGUUUAUUAGUUUUUUUUUUUUUGCUUUUUGUUUUUUUUUUACAGUGAGCAGCUAUAAGCUGCUCACUGCUUACUACACAUGCCCCUACUCGCGGUAUAGCGAGUAGGGGCAUAUUAUUUACUAAUACUAAGUCAUCUUUACUUAGUAUUAGUAAAGUUGGCUGAAAGUCCAAUUUAGGUCUUUCAGCCUUUUAGUAGAUAACUCCCUGAUACCGUGGGAAUGAGGGAGUUAUCUACUAAGCAGCUGCAAGAUGCAGCCGCGCCAAUGAAUAGGAUCGGAGUUUCAUUCAUUAGAAUGAAAUUCCGAUCCGAAUAAAGUGCCGAAUUGCGUUCUAAAAGAAACGAACAUACUGUUGUCAUUCAGUUAGAACGCAAUUCGGCAGUUUUGUGUAAAGUGACAAGAAGCAUCGCGGGAACACAGAGGGAAGGUAAGGAUCAUGGGAAAAUUGCUCUGACCAGCGGAAAUGAAGCACACUUUGCUCCUCCGCUGGUCAGAGCUGGUCAAGUGGAGGAAUCCUCCAUAAGGCAAAGAGUCCCUACUUUGUCUUAUGAUUUUAAAAAAAACUAAAGAAGACAGGAAGAAAAGAAUAACAGAUCCUGAGAGAGGGGGAGAAGAGGAAGAGAUUGAGGAAAGGUAAGUUCGGCAUGACAGUGCCGCUUUAACUCAGUAUUUUCCCAGUGAAUGAAAUUUAUGAUCCACUUUUUAUUCUGUAAAUAUAGUCAAACACAAAUAAACCAAACUACUGCUGCAAAAGUUACUUCUUUUUUUUAAAACCCUGUUAGAGAAGAAGGCAUUCUACUGUCUAAAAACAAGUCCACUGCAGUUUCACAAUAACCAAUAGGGGGCACCAAAGCAGCAAUUUAAUUUUUGAGAGAAAGUUUUUUUGUUUUUUUCUUUACAAUAAAGAAAAUUAUUGUAGCUUCCCUCCUUUUUGCUGCCAACACAUCUUCAAACUGCUGAUCGUUGUAGAUAUUUAUUGUAAUAUAUAGCUGAGAUAUUUAUCUGGGCCGCACUACCAGCAUAUUCCGUCUCAUUGAGGCAUAGCUAAUUGCUGUAAUCACCAGGUUGUAGUUAAUGCUAAAGGACCUUUGUGAAGGCAUCCCGCAGAUAACAGUAGUGUUUAUGUUCUUUAUGCCACUCUUAUGAGUAUGAAUGCUUAUUGCUAUUUUUAUUUCUUUAUUACUGGUAUUUAUAAAGAGCCAAACAUUAUAUGUAAUGUGCAUACUUUGUUUUAUGACAGCUGUUCGCUACUCUGGCUGAUUUUUGCAGCUGCCAUCUUUGUCCCAUGGAAACGACAGCCAUGUGUAAUUACUAAACAUUUUGUUAUUCCAGUAAUUAUUAUUAUAUGGCAGAUCCUUUGAUACUUCCUGAGGCAAAUAUAUAGUGUGAACAUUUGUGCUUACUUUUUGUAGCUUUUAUUUAUUUAUUUAUUUUUCCUAACAUCCUUAUGUUUCUCUCCCCAUAUUCAAAAGUGAAAUCCAGACAUGGACCCCAUGCUCGCUGUGCUUAGAGGGGUAUCAGCUACACCUCGCUGACGAGACUGAAAGAAGGCCAAAUUGAUUGUUCGGGGUUGCUGUAUCUCUCGUGCAGAGAAUGUAGUCACACUGUGCAGCACUGCCUCAGGAAGCACCUCUAGUAGCCAUCUGAGGAGUGACCACUAGAGGCGCGCCCAAGCUGACUAUACAUACCAGAACAAAUACAUUAAGCUGUAGUUGCUCUGGUGACUAUAGUGUCCAUUUAAUCCGCGCAUGCGCAUUAGACCCCGCUUGUCGCGGGACGGAUGAGGGGGCAGAGCUUCGACUCAUAGGGACAUAGGUGCUGGGAUAAGGUAACGUUUUUAACCUUUAUUUACCGUUGGGGAGGGGGGAGGCAGAGGAAUCAGUCGUGCCAGGAAGGCAGCUUUGUAUUCCUGGCACUACAGUAUACCUUUAAGUAACAUAUGUUUGUUUGAUUGUAUGUUAAAGGGAAUGAAUCAUCACUUUUUAUAAAAUGCACCUCUAACUUAUAUUAUUAUUUUUUCAUGCGAUUUCCCCGUUCCUUUUAAAUGUGCUGUAAAGAUUUAGCCAUUGACUUUACAAUCCAGUUCAGUCCUGGCUCAGCCAGGAGGAGGAGAGACAAAAACAUUGUUUCUCUCCCUUCACUUGCUACGUUCUCUCUUGGCCAUUGAUUAUCUCCACCUCCAUUAAGCUAAUUGAUACAAGUUGUGAGGAAGUCUUAGGAUAUUUUUUUAUACAUAAAUAAAUACGGGGUUUAUAACUGUGAUGGACAGUGAGCCAAUGUGGGAACACUCUGUUCCAGAACAGAUGUAAACACAGUGGAGUGGGAUCUGUUUUAUUUAUGUUUUAGAUGUCGAAAAACACAUUGGGCAUAGGUUCUCAAACCAGUAUUUAUGACCGAAUAAUAGUUCAGGUAUUGGAAUAGAAAAGGGAAAUGCAUGAAUCCUGUACUGUUGCUUGGCCAUGAUGACUGACGUAGGGAAUAAACAAAAUAUAAAAAUUCUUGAGAAGUAACAGUUCCCGUUUAACACAGCUCUGUCACAACAAACUUAACUUUCGUUAAUCGAUUAUUCUUUUCACCCUGUCUCUCAGUCCAUUCUUCUUUUCUCUUCUAUAUUUUUAAAAAUACAUAAGGCUUCAUGUAUUUUCCUACACUUGACAAAGCUUGAGAAAGGGUGGACCUCAAGGCAAGCUCCAUUUCCUUUGUUAAGUCAAAAUUUUACAGAACACUGACCUGCUUGUUGUGUCCCUUGGGCUCCAAUCUCGCACAUCUCCAGUGUCUUAAACGUGCACCACACAUUAUGGAACAGGUAUGCACAGAAUCGAACGUGCAGGGCAGAAGUCAGAAGAAGGCAGAGAUGAUAUGUCACUGCCAAGCUAAAAAAGAUAAGAUAGUGGCAGAUACUAAGACUAUUCGGCACCGAAAUCUAAGAAAAACUAUAAGGUAAAACUGAGGGACCAAGUGCAAAAAAAAUAUAUUGGGGGACUAAAAAAAAAACCAAAAAACACGCCUAAGUCUUUGACAGAGCCGCUUUAAAUGUGGUGAAAAUAUAGUUUUUGUAACUUCAAUUAUAUUUGUUGUAUCUGACACCAUUGGUUCCAAUCACUUGCUGUUUCGUGUAUUCUGCAGAUUUCUAGGCGUUUGUUUUUUGUUAAUAUUUUUUUCUUUUUCCAUGUCUAAAGUAAUACAGAAGUACAAAUGUAUGGAAACACAUGUCCAUCAAUGUUUACAUUGAACCGUGAAUUGAGGUUUUUUUGUUUACAUGUGCAUAUUAUUCAAGGUGAAACAUUUUGUACUUUUUAAAAGAAAAGAAAAUAUGUUCGGUGUCUCCAAUGCUUUGCUGCUGGUCACCUAACUCUUUAUUAUACUUCGAUGUGAAUGAAUCCAGCUGUGAUAGCUUCCAAGGUCCAGUGUUGACAUACCACCAUAUCCCCUUGCCAGACUCUCCUCCCAGCUGCCAGCCUACUACAACUCAAUGGGGUGAGGGAUGCUUGCUGCAAGUUCCUCCUCAGCCAGCUAGACCCUUCCAACUGCCUCGGGAUCCGCAGCUUUGCCGACACACACUCCUGCAGCGAUCUGUUGAAGUCUGCCCACAAGUAUGUAUUGCAGCACUUUGUGGAGGUGUCCAAGACAGAGGAGUUCAUGCUCCUUCCACUGAAACAGGUGAGACAUGGGGAGUCUUUUCUGCAUUGAUGCCGAUUGCAAUGCUUCUAAUCUCCAUAAUCUUGGCAAUGGCUGGAAAUCCACAUAUUUUGUUCUCAGUUGUUUAAACAUAGCGUGGUGUGAAGAUCAUGGUUAACGAGUCCAGCAGCAUGGGCUGAGAUUGGUCGCCUAGUAUCCCUGUUAGGUCAUAAGGUUCUAUUAGUGUAAAUAGUUAUUUAGCGAGACUUGUACAAUUUUAUCCAUCUUUCUUUCUUUCUAACCAUGUUUCCAGCUCACCUCUCGCUAGGAAAGGUCUUAUAUUUCAAGUUUUUCAGCUCGAAUUUACAUUCACACUACAAGUAAAUUACUCUGGCCUUGUCUAGAGAUGUCUGGAGUUCUAUGGCUGAAACUGUGUUUUUAAUUCCCGUUUUCAUGCAGUCUGCUCGAUGUCAUAUAAUUUCUGAGCGAUCAAUUAGACUCACCCCUCUCUGUAUUAUAUUAUGUUCUGUUGCUGUUGGUUAGGGAAUUUUUUUUUGAUAGAUGCGAUUGGCUGGAGUUGUUUAUGGUCUUUGGAUAGUCCCAUUAAAUUCUCUCAUUUCUUUCCCCUUGCUGUUUCUAUGCUUUCAUUUCUUUCUCUAAUUAUUGUGUCUUUGUGUCCCUAUAACAAUAUGUUGUAGACGUUUUUUUUUUUGUUUUUUUUUCAUGAAUUCUUCUUUUUCUCUACUUCAUUCUCUUGGUAUUGAAUAGGUACUUGCAGUACUUGCAGUUUAUGUCUUUUUUUUCUUCUCUCUCUCUCUCUCUUUUGUCCUCUGUCCCCAACAAAACCACCCUAGAUUGAAUAUUGAUUAUUUUUUUUCUCUUCAUCUUUCCAGAUGAAGAAUUGGUUUCUCUCAUUGAUUCUGAGUAGGUCAUAUGACUAUGUUUUAUACCAGUUGGUUUCUCCUACUCCCUAUUUCAAAUGCAUAUGAGUUUAUUUAAAUCUUUCUUAGAAUAUUGAGCAUUUUCUCUUUUGCUGUUUAUCUCAUCUUGUAGGUGCUGGACUUAAUUUCUAGUGAUAGUCUCAAUGUUCCCUCAGAAGAAGAGGUAUACCGAGCUGUCCUAAACUGGGUCAAACACGAUGUUGAUGGCAGGAGACAGCAUGUUCCUCGGGUGAGACAAUUUGCAAGAAUCUUAUGAGGGUUUAACCAGCUUGAAACUAACCUGCAUUGUUCUCACCAAAGCAUUGCCCCAAACGCAAAUUGCGUUGCGCAUGUUUACAAAAAAAAAAAGAUGUCUGCUUAUCAUGUAAACUUACACAUAUUUAGUACCUGACAUAUAGCACAUUUCUGUUUUGUUUGAUUUGGUAGAAACAUCAAUAAAGUCAUUUUGGAUACGUCAGGAGGUAUUCUUUUUGGAAAUGUAUGUUACAUAGUUCUACCAAUUCACAAACUGGGUACAUAUUACUUUUUUUUUUGCACUGUACAACUUCAUUUUCUUCCUCUUGAUAUUAUUUUUUUUCUUCUCACCUAUUUCAUUAACAUACAAUAGAAAAGUGUCCAACAAUAUUUUUAUUUUAAAUGUUUCCCAUUUAUAUAUGGCUUUAUUUUAUGUCUGUACAUGCUGAGUUUCUUUAUAUUGCUGUCAAGAAUCCUGUAACUGUAACAUAUCUUCUACUGAAUUUCAUUACAAUUCCACAUAUAUUAUGUCAAAUUAUUUAUGUAGGGAUUAGAUGUUUAUAACAAAGGACAUUAAUCUACAGUAAGAAAUAUUACAUACCUGUAUCUAUUUUUUUACAUAUCUUAUCACAUAAGAAGCAGAACCAUUUUCUCUCCACCCCUCAUUCCCCAAUAUUAGGUCACCCACCUCCUGUAUUUCGUCUAUUAAAUACGAGCAGUAGUUAACUCUACAAUUGCUCUCUGCUGUCUGCAGCUGAUGAAGUGUGUACGGCUUCCAUUGCUGAGUAGGGAUUUCCUGAUAAGCAGUGUGGACACUGAGCUGCUUGUUCGUCAUCACUCCGAAUGUAAAGACCUGCUGAUCGAGGCUCUCAAGUACCAUCUGAUGCCAGAACAGCGCGGAGUAUUGAGUAAUAGUCGAACCAGGCCUAGACGCUGCGAAGGAGCCAGCACUGUGCUGUUUGCAGUAGGUAAGGGGCAGAAACCAGUACAUUUUUAUUAAACUUCUUUAAACCGUUGUCCUUCCCCCACCUAUCGAUUAAUUAUUUGGCAUAGUGUCAGCAUAAACCUCUCUGUCAAAGAAUUGCGCGGCGAGGGGAGAGUAGGAGAACAUAUAAACACAAAACAAUAUUUGGUGAUCUCAACAGGCACUUAGUAUAAAUAUGUGAUAGGUGAACAGCAAAAACUCUCCAAAAUUGGUCUGACUCUUCCCACUUAAAGGGACACUCCAGGCACCCAGACCACUUCUGCCCAUUGGAGUGGUCUGGCUGCCAACUCCCACUACUCUUAACCCUGCAAGUGUAAUUAUUGCAGUUUUUUAUAAACUGCAAUAAUUACCUUGCAGGGUUAACUCCACUUCUAGUGACUGUCUGCUAGACAGCCACUAGAGGGCACUUCGCUGGACGUCCUCACGCAUCGCUCAUUUUCCCAUAGGAAAGCAUUGAAAUGCAUUUUCAAUGCUUUCCUAUGGGGAGCGCUAAUGCGCAUUAGGUCUCCCCGGCCAGUGGGCGGGAUUAGUCUCGCCCACCGGACGACGCAAUGCAGAGGAGGAGCGGCGGCGGAGGAGGAAGCAGCAACGAGGGACAUCGUCGGUGCCUCAGGUAAGUUACUGAAGGGGUUUUCACUCCUUCAGCAACCGGUGAUUGGGGGGUGGGAGGGAGAGGGGACCUGCAGUGCCAGGAAAACAGAUUGUUUUCCUGGCACUGGAGUUUCCCUUUAAUUUGAAAGUGCAAAAAUACAGUGUAACCAUAAAAUGAGGUGCGCUCAAAAAGGUAUACAUGAAAAAGAAUACAAAUAACAAUAAUAGUGCAGAACAAUAUAUAAUGUAUGAAAAAUAAUACAUACAAAGAUAAGGAGGCUAUAACCUAAGAAAAGUAUAAAAAAUGCUAUGGAUGUCAGUCUCUAUGGAUAAUCCAGAAAAAGAUAGAAAGAUGUGGAACAAGGAGGGAAGGCAAGCUUAAAUUAAGUGUUGCAGCUAGAACAAAUGCUUAAGUAGUGCCAACUACUAACUGGAUGUAGAGCCCAAGAUUGGUUCUAAUAAUAGCACUUAAAACUCAGGAUGCUCUUGAUACUAGCACCAGGUCCGUUCACUCUGAGAUCCUACGAUAUAACCCAAAACGUGUUCGUAUAGCCACAUGGCUAAUCAAUUAGAAACUCUGCCUAGUUCCAGCAUGUAACUCAAGACGCAUUUCGCACUGGCUUUGCUUCUUCAAAUCAAGAGUAGAAGAGCCCUCCUACAAUUCUCCUUCUUCUAAAAAUGGCAUUGUCUGGUUUGCAGGUGGUGGGAGUCUCUUUGCCAUACAUGGUGACUGUGAAGCAUACGAUACUCGGACUGACCGCUGGCACAUGGUCGCUUCUAUGUCUACUAGAAGAGCCCGAGUAGGUGUAGCAGCCAUUGGAAACAAGCUGUAUGCCGUAGGAGGGUAAGAAAAGACCAAAUGUACAUUUGUUCCCAUAUGUCCUUUAUCCUAUUCCUAGCAAAUGUUCUCUACCUCUUUUAUCAUUUCAGAUAUGAUGGCACAUCCGAUCUUGCCACGGUGGAGUCAUAUGACCCAGUUACAAAUACAUGGCAGCCAGAGGUCUCCAUGGGAACACGGCGCAGCUGUUUAGGAGUCGCCGUACUCCAUGGACUGUUGUAUGCCGCUGGCGGAUACGAUGGUGCUUCUUGUUUAAACAGGUACCAAAGAUUUAAAUUACUAAUGUCAAAUAUUAACUGGACUCAAAGGCUUAAUAUAUUCAUGGAGCGUUGAACUUUGAAUAGAAACUGCUCCUACGGACAAGUUAAAUAUUUGGCAGACGGUAUGCCAUCAGCACUACAUGUAACCUAACAAUGUUAGAUUUGUGAAAUGGGCAAAAGGAUUAUUAAGAAAUUCCAGAAACCCAUAUUUUUUUUUUUUAUUCUUUAUUUUUGAACAGCUCUCCAGCGUGAGAGGAACUGAAAGCACAUAUCAAAAUAAAAAAUAGCAAAUCAAACAGUCUCCACAAUAAUCAGGAAGUAUUACAUUGUCAUACAUCUCUGUGUGGCCUGGCGGGAGAGCUGAGGGUUUCAUGGUUUUUUUUUGUGUAGCUAUGGGACUGUGCGAGUUUGUCCUGUCUAAAUCUGUCUGAGUUAGGUCACGUUGCGGUAGUAAGAUGGCAAGUGUGUUGGCAUUUGUGCUGUUUCUAGAGUGGGUCUUAGGCUCGAUAUAGGGUUGUGUGGGCCAGUAUGUACUAAAAGGUGAAAUGAAUAGGUAGUAGGACUAGGGUACUUGGUUAGUGUGGGUCCAGCGAUAUUAUUUUUUGGACUGCGCUUUGUAAACAAGAAGCCUAUUAUCCUAUGGUGGCUCCACAUGGGUUAUUGUUGCUCUUUAGGGUAACAGGCCCUAGCGAAUGGUUUAAGAGCAGAGAUACUUUUUUUUUUUUUUCAGGUGAGAAAAAGUAUAAUAAGGGAUCUUAACUUAAAUAAAACAACUUUCGAACCGCUCUGAAUCAUAGUCCUUAGUUAAACACAUGAGUUAACACUAUAGGGUCAGGAAUACAUGAGAUCCUUUAAAAAGGAGCACAGACACAUUUGGUAAAAAUGCAGUUACUGAUAAACAGCAGCAAGAUGGAGGCAAAAUACAGUCAUAUUUACUGAUUGAAAGUAGAAAAAGGGUUUAACAGAGUGCAGUCAAACUGUGGUGUUCUGAGUAGAUGUGCAGUAGAAUGUAGGCGAACACAAACUUCAUGCAUGGUCACCUUGUGAUAACUGAAGCAUUGUGAGCAUUGGUGUUUCUCUUUACUCUCAUUGUGAUAUCUUAUUUGUCACCGUUAAUUAUAGUGCAGAGCGUUAUGACCCUCUGACUGGUACGUGGACUUCUAUAGCAGCAAUGAGCACCAGACGUAGAUAUGUCCGAGUGGCAACCCUAGGUAGGUCCUGGAGUGAUAUUUCAGAACCUUCACCAAACUGUAAGAUAUAUUCACCAAAAUAUGUAUUUUCUGAUUCAAAUAUCUUUUUAGAUGGAAAUCUGUAUGCGGUUGGGGGAUAUGACAGCUCUUCACACCUGGCUACAGUAGAAAAAUAUGAACCACAGGUAAGCACAGUAAUUGCCACCAACUGAUCACUGAACCAAUUAACUGAAUUUAAAGCAGAAAAGGUUGGAUUUCAGUAUUUAUGAAUCCCAUAAGAUAGUAUAGUAACCUUUUCCGGACUGCCUGGGUGUCUAGAGCCAUCAGUGAUGUCCUGUUUGGUCUACUGAAAGUAAAACACAGACACCCUGUACAACACAGGCCCAUUAACAGACACCCUGUACAACACAGGCCCAUUAACAGACACCCUGUACAACACAGGCCCACUAACAGACAGCCUGUAAAACACAGGCCCACUAACAGACCCCCUGUACAAUACAGGCCCACUAACAGACCCCCUGUACAACACAGGCCCACUAACAUACACCCUGUACAACACAAAUCCACUAACAGACACCCUGUACAACACAGAUCCACUAACAGAUACCCUGUACAACACAGACACACUAACAGACAGCCUGUAAAACACAGGCCCACUAAAAGACAGCCUGUAAAACGCAGGCCCACUAAAAGACAGCCUGUAGAACAGAGUCCCACUAACAGACACCCUGUACAACAGAGGCCCACUAACAGCCAGCCUGUACAACACAAGCCCACUAACAGACAGCCUGUACAACACAGGCCCACUAACAGCCAGCCUGUACAACACAGACCCACUAACAGACAGCCUGUAAAACACAGGCCCACUAACAGACAGCCUGCGCAACACAGGCCCACUAACAGACCCCCUGUACAAUACAGGCCCACUAACAGACCCCCUGUACAACACAGGCCCACUAACAUACACCCUGUACAACACAAAUCCACUAACAGACACCCUGUACAACACAGAUCCACUAACAGAUACCUUGUACAACACAGACACACUAACAGACAGCCUGUAAGACACAGGCCCACUAAAAGACAGCCUGUAAAACACAGGCCCACUAAAAGACAGCCUGUAGAACAGAGUCCCACUAACAGACACCCUGUACAACAGAGGCCCACUAACAGCCAGCCUGUACAACACAAGCCCACUAACAGACAGCCUGUACAACACAGACUCACUAACAGACAGCCUGUAAAACACAGGCCCACUAACAGACAGCCUGCGCAACACAGACCCACUAACAAACAGCCUGUACAACACAGGCCCACUAACAGCCAGCCUGUACAACACAGACUCACUUACAGACAGCCUGUAAAACACAGGCCCACUAAUAGACACCCUGUACAACACAGACCCACUAACAGACAGCCUGUACAACCCAGACCCACUAACAGAUACCCUGUACAACACAGACACACUAACAGACAGCCUGUAAAACACAGGCCCACUAAAAGACAGCCUGUAAAACACAGGCCCACUAAAAGACAGCCUGUAGAACAGAGUCCCACUAACAGACACCCUGUACAACAGAGGCCCACUAACAGCCAGCCUGUACAACACAGGCCCACUAACAGACAGCCUGUACAACACAGGCCCACUAACAGCCAGCCUGUACAACACAGACUCACUAACAGACAGCCUGUAAAACACAGGCCCACUAACAGACAGCCUGCGCAACACAGACCCACUAACAGCCAGCCUGUACAACACAGACUCACUAACAGACGGCCUGUAAAACACAGGCCCACUAACAGACAGCCUGCGCAACACAGACCCACUAACAAACAGCCUGUACAACACAGGCCCACUAACAGCCAGCCUGUACAACACAGACUCACUUACAGACAGCCUGUAAAACACAGGCCCACUAAUAGACACCCUGUACAACACAGACCCACUAACAGACAGCCUGUACAACCCAGACCCACUAACAGAUACCCUGUACAACACAGACUCACUAACAGACAGCCUGUAAAACACAGGCCCACUAACAGACAGCCUGCGCAACACAGACCCACUAACAAACAGCCUGUACAACACAGGCCCACUAACAGACAGCCAGUAAAAGACAGGCCCACUAACAGACAGUCUAUAAUACACAAGCCACUGAGAGACUGUCUGUAAAACACAGGCCUACAAACAGACAGAAUAAAAAGAUGACAGUUUAACAGACACCAAGUAAAACCCAAUAACUGUCAUCCAGUGGUGGCUGGGGAAGUUUUAAGAUGGUGGGAUAUCAGACUCCUCCCCCAAUAUUUUACUCUUCCCUAUUCAUACGUUGAAGAGGCCAAUAGUAUGCCUCCACUCAUGGGCAGCUGGCUCUGCUGUCUAAAUGGCAACUCAUUGGAAAUUCCUCCUUAACAGAGAGAAGGAGGAGCAAAACCUGCUUUCUGUCAUGCCAAAAUGCUCUCACCGCUACCAGUGAGGGGAAAGUGUCCUGCAGAACUGAAACCUAUUACAGAAUUAAAGAAACAGUACAUUUUCCCCAUUUAUUAUUAUAUAUUUUUUUGCUUACCACCCCCCCUUCUGGAAAAGGAAUCUUAGUGUUUCUAAACUACUGCAAAUAAAUGUUUUGCCCACAUUAACCCCUUAAUGACCUAGGACGGUUCAGGACCAUCAUCUGCAUUUUUGCAUUGCCGACCGGUGACGGUCCUGAACCGUCCUAACGGUCAGAUGUACUUACCCAAUCGCCGUCAUUCCCCCGGCGGCGAUCGGCGGUGCUCCCGUUGUGGGGAGACUGCCUGCAGCCCAGACAGCCUGCUCCCCAUGGUGGAUUAGGACCCCUGGGGCCAUGUAAUCGCUCAACACAGCGAUCACAUAGCCACAAUAGGUGUCCAUGUGUCUGCCUGCAGGAGGACUGCCUGUGCUGACAGGCAAUCUCCCUGCAAGUGUAAAAAAAAAAAAAAAAAUACAUGUUAAUGUUAAUAAAAAAAAUAAUAAUAAUUAUAUAUGUAUAUAUAUAUAUAUAUAUAUAUGACAUAUAGACAUAUAUUAUAUUUAUAUAAUAUAUGUCUAUAUAUCAUAUAUAUAAUGUCAUACUAAGUGUAUUUUUAUAUUAAUGUACUUAUAUUAAUAUAAAAAUACACUUAUAAUUAAAUUACACACGUGUAUAUAUAUAUAAUAACUAUAUAUAUAUUGUGUAUAUAUAUUAUUAUAAAAUACAAAUAAUAAAGAAAUUAAAAUAAAUUUUAAAAAAUUAAAAUAAUAAUAAAUUUUUUUUAAAAAAUUAUAUCUAUAUGAAAUUUUAUUCUAACAGUAUUUUGAUAGUAAUAUAUAUAUAUUUAUAUCAAAAUACACUUAGAAUGAAAUUGUAUAUAUAUCUAUGUACAUAUAAAUAAAUAAAAAUAAUACGAAAUAUACACAUGUCCAUAUACAAAAUUACAUAAAUAAUUAUAUAAAUAUACAUGUAGACUUCAAAUAUAUAAAUAUGCAUAUAUAUUUAAAUUCUACAUGCGUAUUUAUGUAAUAUUUUUACAUAAUUAAGUAAUUUUAUUAAUUGCAACUUGAGGGACCUGCCUGCCAACCCAGGCCGAAAGUCCAGAGAAUUUAAUUUGCUAGCACUGUAUUUUACCCUGUAACUUUCUAUGACACCCUAAACCUGUACAUGGGGGGUACCAUUUUACUCAGGAGACUUCGCUGCACACAAAUAUUAGUGAUUUAAAACAGUAAAACAUAUCACAGCGAUGAUAUUGUCAGUGAAAGUGACUUUUUUCGCAUUUUUCACACACAAACAGCACUUUUACUGAUGAUAUAAUUGUUGUGAUAUGUUUUCCUGUUUUAAAACACUAAUAUUUUGACACAGAGUGGGACCUUCAUGGAGAGAAGUCGCAUGUCGGCUGAGCUCCGAGCUGAAAGCGGCAAAUAACCUAGCUAACGACUACAAAAUAGACGGUGCACCGCCGAAAACUAAGCAUACCCCUGCACAACAAUAUGGGGAAACGAUCAAAGAAGCUGAAAGCAUCCUCGGACGACGGCACGCGUCGAAUAGGAGACAUAUUCCUGGCGAGGCCUAAAACCAAAAUGGCGGCAGCGCCAGACUCCCCAGGCCUAUCCUCGGACGAAGACCCACUGGACUCCCCAGAUGCCAUACCUGAGGCAGAUGACCCUUUCUCCGCCGUGCAACUAGGGGACCUGGGGGCUCCCGCAACGAAGGGAGACAUCCUGGGCCUUCUGAAACACCUGCGCACAUGGUUCCGUACGGAUAUGGCGCUGCUCCGUGAGGAGGUAACAGCCGUGACGGACAGGGUGAAGGCCACAGAGGAGGAUAUCACCUCCAUGGCACAAUGCCAGACAGACGCAACAGAGCAACUACAACAACUCCAAGGCUCACACCAGGCCCUGCAGGCCAGAGUCAAUGCGAUGGACGACUCUAGGAGACGAAUCAACAUAAAAGUAAGAGGCAUCACAGAAGCUGUCAACGACACGGAGCUACCCCACUUUAUUAGGCGCCUCCUGUCGGAGACCCUGCACCCCAAACAGGCGAAGAACCUGCAACUAGAUGGAAUACUCAGACUCCCCAAGUCCGCAAGGGCUCCAGCAGACGCUCCCCGCGAUGUCCUCCUGAGAUUCCAGUCCUUACGCGACAAACAAGCACUGUUGGACGCCAUCAAGAACAAGAGCCCGCUCAAAUUUGAGGGCUCCCAACUAACCUUUCUCCAGGAUCUCUGCAGGGCAACGUUGGAGUGGAGACGCUCUAUCAGCCAGGUCACCAAGACCCUUCGAGAAGCAGGCAUCCAGUACAGAUGGGGCCCUUCCCACACACUCGUAGCCACACAGGGCGAGACCACCCGCCGACUCACCUCAGCUGCUGACGCCGACCCAUUCCUCCACAGCCUGGGGCUCAACCGGCACAAGCCCGAUACAGCCAAACCUGGACAUUCCUGGGACAUAUCCAACAUAGUCCCCUUUGUACCUCGCAAUGAAGCCGACACAGGAUGAGACGCCCCAACCAGACCCGGGCUCACAAUACCCCUCUGGUAGAGGGAAGUGCCGAAGGACUGGCAGGCGAUAAUACCUCUUAAUGUUGACAUAGUCGUAAAGUUUAAAUUUUAUGUAGGCAUGUUCAGUCAAAGCCAUCCGGCUACUAUAACCUAAUAACGUCCCCACACCACUUCUUGCCAGACACACCACCCGACUACCCCCCCCCACCAACUCAGGGGCCCUAGAGCGAUUCAAUAGCUACUCCACCCAAACGGGAACGAUAAACCAGCUCCCAAAUCCAAGCAGCACACCCCCCCUUCACAGCAAUAGACGCAGCACACGAACCAGCAUGCAUCCUCACCAAACAUCUAUAACACAACGCUGCUAUCAAGGCACACCAAGAGGGCUACUCUCUAGGUGACACACUCGGAAGCUGCGACAACCUACCUGCUGGAGUACUAGCCCAAUAGAACCUAAUGCCUGCAGUAGCCCGCACCUUGGGACAAUUGACUAGCUAGCUAACUCCCUGCCCCCCCCGCCACACUGACCGGCCAUACACUUAUAUAUUGUGCCCCAGUGGCAUACCGAAUAUGUACCCGUAACUCCACCUGAUAGGGCUAGGAACGCACCGCGUAACACACGGUGAACAAACUAAAUCCAACCUAUCCAAGGGAUAAGACGGAGAGCCUACUCACUUACACAUUGGACCACACACCUCAAAACCACAGUACACUUAUAUUACAGUCAGUGUGGACUAACAACAGGGCAUAGCUGAGCACACUCCAAUCACACCACAUAUUCUAGCAACUGUAGGCCUAGACUGUUUUUUCUUGUUCUGCAAUGUAGUAAUUUUAACAAAAAUGUGCAGUAAUAUCACGUGCCAUUCACAUGUAUAUUAAUGUUUUAAUCUGUUUGCCCAAGCUGUUGUGGCACGGCAAGCUUGAUUGUCAUAUUCAUGCACAAUAAAAAUAAAGAAUUUAAAAAAAAAAAAAAAAAACACUAAUAUUUGUGUUCAGCAAAGUCUCCCGAGUAUAACAGUACCCCCCAUGUACAGAUUUUAUAGCCUUUUUUUAAAGUUACAGGGUCAAAUAUAUGGGUCAAAUAUUUUUACAUUGAAAAUGGCCAGGUUGGUUACGUUGCCUUUGAGAGCGUAUGGUAGCCCAGGAAUGAGAAUUACCCCCAUGAUGGCAUACCAUUUGCAAAAGAAGACAACCCAAGGUAUUGCAAAUGGGGUAUGUCCAGUCUUUUUUAGUAACCACUUGGUCACAAACACUGGCCAAAAUUAGCGUUCAAUUUAGUUUUUUUACUUUUUUCACACACAAACAAAUAUGAAUGCUUACUUUGGCCAGUGUUUUCGACUAAGUGGCUACUAAAAAAAACUGGACAUACCCCAUAUUGAAUACCCUGGGUUGUCUACUUUAAAAAAAAUAUGUACAUGUGGGGUGUUAUUCAGAGAUUUAUGACAGAUAAUAGUGUUACAAUGUCACUAUUGAUAAAUUUGAAAAAAAUUAUGUUUUGAAAUCGCAAUAUCCUACUUGUACCUAUAGCCCUAUAACUUGCAAAAAAAAAGCACGUAAACACUGGGUAUUUUAAAACUCAGGACAAAAUUUGGAAUCUAUUUAGCAGUUUUUUUCAUUCGCUUUUGUAGAUGAGUAAAAAAAUUUUUCAUCAUAUUUUUUUAUUUUUUUUUAAAUUGUAAAAAGAGGCCUGGUCGCAAAUGUACAACAUCGCAAAAACAGUCCAGUCCUUAAGGGGUUAAAACUGUUGGGCGCUGCCUCAAGUGCCUAUAUGGAAGACCCUCUCCUGCCAUCACCUACUAAAACACAGACCCACUAACAGACUGCAAGUAAAACACAGACCCCACUAAUAGUCAUCUAGUAACAUACAGUCAGUGAACAUACACAUUGUUAAGAAAAAUACAGCCACAUGUUAAAAUAAAAAAACAGGCGCACAGCCACACUUGUUUCCAUAUGUAAACAUGUUGACCAAUUCCCUAAAUUGUAUAACCAUAAAAGAGAAUUGACAAAACAUACUGUAAAUAUCAGGGGGCAGGACAAAGAGAGCUGUACAGAACAUGAGAUCUCUAUUAAAAUAAAAUAUAUAGAAUUUAGUUUCUCACCUGUCAGUAUAUUAUCAGGCAGGUAUACUAGUUAGGUAUAGCUUCGAUAAGGACCCUGUAUUAUUUGGGAUAAUAUAUACAACUCUGUAUCUUAUGCUUUUAAUCUCAUGUCUGGCAAGUGCCGUCACUGUAUUUUUCUUUAAAUAUGUAAAACGUAUUAUAUAUUCUGCAUUAUGAACUAGCUAUCUGGAGAAUAGUAAAGUAAUUUAUCAUAUUGUUUUACAUAUAUUAUGUUGUUGUUUUAUUAGGUUUUUAUAUGUUACAAGUAAUUGUUAUAUUUAUAUAGCAUAUAUGACUUGGAAGGAGCAGUUUUUAUGCUUUUAAUAUUGCCCACAUUCACCCUUUUCUAACUCAAUAUACAACUAAGGCACUUGUUCAUUCGCUCAUCAUUUCCCGACUUGGCUAUUGCCACUCACUACUUAUUAGCCUUCCAAAUACCCUCACUGGCCCUCUCUAGUGUGUAAUGAAUGCUGCCGCCAGGCUCAUCGUCCUGAAUGACCGCUACUCACACACCUUACCCCUUAAUCAUUUAUUAUAUUGGAUUCCUGUACCCUUCAGGAUCAAUUCAAACUGCUAACACUAAUCUAUAAAGCCCAUCACUCCUCACUACACUUUUUUACUCAACAAAUACACUAAGCAUGACUAAACCCGGGUACCCCCCUAAUCUAAAUUCGACCCACCCAUUCCUGUCAAGGCCAUACCUCUUCCUGUUUAAGACCAACACACACUUUGAUUGACAGACUCACACCCUCACUGAUACAUAUACUGACACACACUCACAGACACACACAUCCUCACUAAUUUGACACACACGCACACAUACUCACAGACACAAUGACAGAAACCCACUCACACAGACACACACACAUUCACUGACAGACACACACACACAUUCACUCACAGACACACAAAACGCUGCUCCCAAGGAAAGUGCCGCCAUAGGCAAAUGCCUUGUUUGCCUCACGCUAAAUACAGUGCUGCCUCUUCCCCACUGACAUGCUGUUAUUUCUCUUGGGUGUCUUUACCUAUUCCUCAUAGAUUGUUAGCUCAUUUGAGCAGGGAAUUCUUCACCUCUUGUCUCUGCUAUAUUCUGAAAGUAAAUUACUUGUUGUCAUUGUCAAAAAAUACAGCCACUCACAGCCACAUGUUAAAAUAAAACAAAACAGGUACACAGCCACACUUUUCUGUCCAUAUGUGUACAUGUAGUCUAAUUCCCUAAAUUGCGUAACCAUUUUAUAAUUGUAAAGAGUUGCGGAAUCUGUUGCGGAAUCUGUUGGCGCUAUAUAAAUGAUGAUGAUCAUAAUAAUGUUGUUGUUGUUUGUUUUUUUUUCUGUGACUUUUUGUAAGAGGGUACUGUUAAACUAUUCCUUUUUUAAAAUUUAUUUUUGGUUUUAAAUUUUUGUCCAUAAUUCGGUAUUCGUGCUUAACAAGUACAAACUUGCCCUCAUCUUGAGGCUCACUAUUGUCUCCCUUACCUAUAAAGUCAUCUGGGUAUCUUGGCUUUUUUCUGAAAAAUCAAAGUAAAGUAACACAGAGGCUUAAUGAUAAUUCAAUUACUUACUAAAAGGGAACAAUAGCACGUUUACAGAAAUGCCACUUAAGUGCCAGUUUGUGAUAACAGAAGGCAAAUACAUGGCUUCACUUCCAUUGUGUGGUAAUCUUGCUGAGGUUAUGAUGCAGUGAUCUGCCCUUUCUUAGCCUUCCUCCAUUCUGUUACAUUAACAGCAUUAAUUCGCUAUAAUUCCUGUAAGUUUUAGCUCACCCUCCCCUUAAAGGGACUCUAUAGAUACUAGAACCACCACAGCUUAAUGUAGUUGGUCCGGUGUAUAUAAUAUGUCCCUGCACGUAUUUUAAUGUAAACACUGCCUUUUCAGAGAACCAAUGUAUCUCUAUGAGAAGAUGCUGAUUGGCGUGCAUGCACAAUAACAUCCUUAUGCUUUCCUAUGGUAAAGCAUUGUAUUGGCUGAGAUCAUGAAAUUUGACUAUCUCAACCAAUGAGAUAAGGCCGGCUGCGAAGAGACCCAUUCGGCGCUGGAAAUAAGGUGAGUUUUACACCUUUUAAUGAAGGCAAAAUGGUGCCUGGGGACAAAAUGGCGCUUUUAGACCUAUAGUGCCAGGAAUACAUAUUUGCAAUCUUUCUGUGCCAUACAAAUCUCACCUGACAAACUUCUAUAGUUUUCUACAGUUUUCCAAACAUCAAUGGAACUAUUAACAAUUUAACAGAAUUCAUGUUGUAUGAGGCCUUCCAUAAUUAUAUUAUCUUAAACCUGUCAAAUGUAAAUAUACAUACCAAGUAGUAAUGUAUUUUCAGCCACAAAAUAUGUAUUAUAACCUCUCAAAACACAACUAAAUACUGUAUAUAAUGAAAUGACAGGCUUAGUAGAGAAAUACUAUAUUUUGUACAGGUCAGUUCUAGAAUAUUUAAAGUCAGAUCACAAAUUGAAAAAAAAAUGUUACAUUGGUUUGCUUUGGAAUUCUGAUAACUCAGAACUUUUUUGUAAUUAGAUCAUAUUAGAUAAAGUAAUCCUUCCUGCCUGCAACUCACUGUGCAGUUAGUUAAAGGGACACUAUAGUCACCAGAACAACUACAUCUUAAUGUAGUUUUUCUGGUGAGUAUAAUCAUUACAUGCAGACAUUUUCAUGUAAACACUGCCUUUUCAGAGAUGGCCACUGGAGGUGCUUCCUGGGGCAGUGCUGCACAGUAGGUAGCACUGCCAUUCAGCGUCUCCAUGCUCUGCAUGGAGACGCUGAAUUUUCUAAUGAAUCUGUAUGAGGAGGUGCUGAUUGGCCAAAAUAGUGUUUGGCCCUGCCCACAUCACACCUCCUUGCUGAUUUUAACCAAUCCAAUGCUUUCACUAUGGGAAAGAAUUGGAUUGGCUAAAAAUCUGCAAUUCUGAUGAUGUCACCAAAGAGGCAGAUCGUGGGCAGCACCAGCGGACACGCGCAACGCUGGAAAUAAGGUAAGUUUUAACCCUUUCUAAGGAGCUAGUGGGGGCAACCCACCUGAAUGGUAAACUUAACACUAUAGGGUCAGGAAUACAUGUUUGUGUUCCUGUGACAUGGUCCUUUAACAUCGAAUGUGCUUGUGAAUGGGUAUGACUACAAGGAACUGUGUAAUCUCUGUCUUAGCCAUAUCUCCAGAAGGGGCCGGACUGUGGGUGGCCAAGGACACUUAGUUCGUGUUUUUUUUUUUGUGAAUAUGAUUUUUAUUCAUUUUGCGUAUAUUAAUGUUCGGUGAGACGCGCAGGUCUCCAUUGCAUGCUAUUAUAAAAGGUAACAAGUUAGGCUCACAGGCCCCAUUACAGAAGGACUCACAGGUCCCCAUUUUCUGGUAUUUACAUUUGUUUGGGAAUAUAAGUUAAAUAACGUUUUCAUGAACUGGGUGAACAUAAUGCUUUGUAAUCGUCCUUGAACCAGAUUAAUCAGUCUUUGAUUAGGUGUCAGUGUUUGUAGGCUACCCCUAUGGCCCCUGUCCACGGCGUCUCACCGGGCCCUGUGUCCUUAGCUAUGUGUCAUCUUAGUUUGUGUUUUAACUGCUCGAACAUGAUUUAACACCAAAUGGAGUGACUAAUUCAAAGAAAUGAAAUGGUUAUAGUGACUACAGUGUCCCUUUGAGAAUCCUCUAAAUAUUUGCAGUUUGUGCACAUGUAACUUGCCAAUUCAUAAAUUUCUAAUGUAGGACCCGCACAGAGGAAGAGAUGUCGGACAAAAUGGGGGCUGAUGUGAAACGCUCACGUUAGUGUAAAGAUGACUUGAGGGACCAGAAAUCAAUGGGGGGGAAUACAAUUGCACCCCAGUGGAGAGAACCUGACAGUUCUAUUAGGUCAGUGAUGCUAACGGAUUGAGUAAGUAAACCUCCCUGGCUUUUCGAUUGACAGCUGGAAAAUGUUUAAAAUUCUAACUAUAAACGUGCAAAUUGCUCAAUGAAGGAUGCACCAAAAUUUCCGCUGCUGGAAAUUUCGGCCGAAAAUUACAGCCCUUUAACCCGGCACUACCUUACUGACAGCCCCCCAACCCGGCACUGCCACCACUGACAGCCACCACUGACACAGAUCCUGGUGGGGAAGUUCCUGUGCUGUUUCCAGGCCCGACUGUGGCCCACCCAUGUGUGUCAGGCAGUGAGCGGGCUUUUCCCGGUGUCCCAAGUCUGGGCUGCCCACGGGGAGCGGCCCUGGCGGGGAAUGGAAGACAGGGAGGACCCCCGACUGUUACCUGUCACAGGGAAUCCUACCAUUCGCUGUCACUCCUUAGCGCGGCUGCCAUUCACUUUGCAGCCAUUACCUGGGAUCCCGGGAUUCACCAUCCGAGUCCAGCGAUGGAGGGGGCCUCGGGUACCGGCGGGGAGCUUAGUGCGGGGACCCCAUCUGCCAGGGGAGAGAGCCAGCACGGUCUGCAGUUCUGCUGGGUGUGAGCUGCAGACUGUGCUGUAUCUCACAAUCUCUGGCCAAUCAGAGCAUUGUCGCGGGUUACCACAGCAAUGCUCUGAUUUCUGGAUAUCACGACAUGCAGCACAGUCUGCAGCUCACACCGUGCGGACCUGCAGACUGGGGAGACAGACCACUGGACCACCAGGGAGCAUGGACACUGGACCACCAGGUAAAGAGAAAAAAAAAGGUAUUUCUAACAUCCUCCCUCACUGUCACCAGUCACCCCCUCCCUCAGUCACUGUGUCACCCCUUCCCUCAGUCACUCUGCCACCCCCUUGCUCAGUCACUCCCUCAGUCACUCUGUCACCCACUCCCUCAGUCACUCUGUCACCCCCUCCUCCAGUCACUCUGUCACCCCCUCCUCCAGUCACUCUGCCACCCCCUCCUCCAGUCACUGUGCCACCCCCUCCCUCCCCCAAUCACCCUGUCACCCCCUCCCUCAGUCAUUCUCACCAAUCACCCCCUCCCACGGUCACCAGUAACACCCUACCUCAGUCACUGUCACCAGUCACCCCCUCCAUCAGUCACUCUGUCACCUCCUCCCUCAGUCAUUGUCACCAGUCACCCUCCCUCACAUGCCUCCCCUCAGUCACUCUGUCACCCCCUCCCUCCAGUCACUCCUGUCACCCUCCCUCAGUCAUUGUCACCAGUCACCCCCUCCCUCAGUCCUCUGUCACCCCCUCCCUCACAGUCAUUGUCACCAGUCACCUCCCACUCCAGUCACUCUGUCACCCUCCCUCGGUCAUUGUCACCAGUCACCCCCUCCCUCAGUCACUCUGUCACCCCCUCCCUCAGUCAUUGUCACCAGUCACCCCCUCCCUCAGUCACUCUGUCACCCCUCUCUCAGUCACUCUGUCACCUCCCUCAGACACUGUCACCAGUCACCCCCUCCAUCAGUCACUGUCACCUCCUCCCUCAGACACUGUCACCAGUCACCCCCUCCCUCAGUCACUCUGUCACCCCCUCCCUCAGUCACUCAGACAUAACUAUUUUAAAAUCAUUUGGGAGAAAAAGUCAUUAUCGGUUUUGGUUUUCGGCCAUGGGCAUUUUGGGUAUUCGGUUUCGGUUUCAGCCCAGAAUUAUCAUUUCGGUGCAUCCCUGUUCUCAAUGAAAUCAGUACUCUUAUAAACUGCCUUUCAAAUGAGAUACUCCAUAGACAUAAAGCACUUCAGCCGGCUGUGUGUGACAUGGUCCUUUAACAACGAAUUUGCUCAUUAAGAGACAAAUAUUAGUUUUUUCACUUUUUAUUCUUGCUUUUAUUGUCUUUAUGUCCAUAUGAACCGCAAAAUUUAAGUCUAUGUUAUAAAUAUAAUCAGCUUUACUGUUUGUAUUAAAAUGCAUUCGGCAUUAUAAGCAACACGACUACAAUUAGGCAAUAAGCAGCAGUCAUUCCAUUUCUAUAGGCAGUCUUCUUCUAAGAACAAUUAUCCAGUGUGGGAAAGAGAUGGUUUAACCUUAAGCUGACCGCUUACAGCUGUGAGCCUUGUGCAGCCUAAUAGCUUAGGGCUAUAGUGUCCUAACCGCACUGUAGGAGCACACACUUGCUUUAGUACCAAAACGAAUUGUUGAAAUUGCCCACUGGAGAUUUAUCAAAGUGUUCUGGUGCAGACGUAAAAAGAGAGGAAUCACAUAUGUGAUUUUGAUUGCCCGACGUUUAGAACUUUGCACCAUUAGAACAUAGCACAGUGUCGCAUCUUUAUUAUUCUAAGAAUAUGUUAAUACGUUUGAAAUCACAGUGAGGUGGGGGUUUGCAUUUCUCAAAUAUUAUAAAUGCAUACUGUGCAUAUCAUUAAACAGUAAUCACCACCAGUACCAUCCUCCAAAAACUGAGGAGUCCUGUUCCCAAAGAAGAUGUAUCUCGGUUGAAAUCUGUUGGCACACUUAUUAUUUUAAGCCCUUAUAAUAGAGGUUAGUUUCCCCUGGGUCAAGACCCAAAAUUGUAUCCAUGUGCUAUUUCGGUGGAUCCCCAGUGGAUUGAACAACAAUAUUAUCUUCUUUAUACUGUAAGCAUCUGACCAUUAUGUAUUGUUAACUGUAGUGACCCGGCCUUCUCUCAUGUAGUGGAAUCCCCUUUGGCUACAGUCUAACCAAUUUAUUUUGCUAAUUAAUUUUAUAAUAUAUAUAUUUUUUUACAAUAGAACAAUGAUGGAUCACCAGGCUAAUUUUAUUAACUUUUGAAAGGGUCUUCAAAUCUAUCCAUAUUCCUUAUUUCUGCCAACCCAAGAACCUGUUUUUGUACUGUGGGCUAUGAUUUUAAAUCACUUGCAAUGCAGUAGAACCUCUUUGGAGCAAGAACUGUCAAUCACAUUUAUACUUGUUGGAUGCUAGAUUCAGAGGUCAUUGGUGUGUCUUCUCCACCAGAUGUAACACAGCAGCAAAACGUUUCCAGUUUGACAAGUCUCCAUAACUGGACUAGCAGUGUAAAAUCCAAUUUCACAUGAUCUUGCAUCUGAAGCAUUAUAAUUUGUUUAACCCACUUAAAAUAUAUAGAUUUUGUUUCUGCACGUAAUCCAGAAUUAACUCAUGACUGCAAUGCUGUGAUGGAAUAAGUGAACCCCUGUGCGUGCUCUACCCCAGGUUCCCAGCAGGGAGAGACCUUUUCCCUGUAAUGCACUAAUUAGUGUGAACUCAUCUUCAUUUUGUUGUUUCAUAUCAUUUCAAUGCUGAUGAUUUCUAAAGGUUUUUAAUUAUCUUUUCAGUUAAAGUGGCCCUGUCACUUCAUAAUAACAAAAAUGUUAUAACGAUAACAUCUUUAUGAGAUACUCGUGUUUAUUGCAAUCGAAUUUCACAGAAAUUCCAACACAAUCAAACUAUAUCAUAAGACACUGUAGGGAUUACUUUAUAUAAUGGGCAAGUCUGGAAUUACUAAUCUUUUUUUUUUUUUGUCAAUAAUAUGAGAAAACUAAAGUAAAAUGAAACAGGCUUAGUCAAGCAGCUAAUACCAAACCGAUCUACCCCUGCAAACUGUACAUACUAGUUAGGUGACAGACAGAUAAGACAUGUCUAUAUAUAUAAACACAAAAAGAAUUCAGCGCUAGUAUUCACAAAAUUAGUCAGGGUAGGCAGCAACCCAAAUGAAGGAAAACCCCUCGGGUCCUUCGGUGGAUAGAUACAAAAAGAUAUGGAAGGGCUGCGCCAAAUAAGGGUAGAUAGUCCAGUAAAGUAUUGCUAGGGUGCCAAUAGAUGGUCUAGGAUACUUGAUAGAGUUCCUCUGUGGAUGCGUCUAGUGUAGACCGUUCCGUAUAUGUAAAUACAAGAGAGGUAGAGGCGACUAAUGGUAUAGUAUGAAAGUUCAGGGUGUGAUAGGUAACAAAAAGUAAAGAACUCACAUUCAAGAGAGCUAUGGCCAGCUCUGGUGUGGAUUGUGUACAGCGGUAUAAUCCCCGCUUAUGGGAUAUGUAGGGAGGGGGUCUCCGUCAACACCGUCUGGUAGUCCAGAACUCGGAAAAGAAAGACAGAAAGCAACAAUAGUGCUCUCAAUUUUGAUGUGGUUCAAUGUGCAGAUAAGAAGAGGUAAAAAAACUCACAUUUGAGGGAGCUAUGGCCAGCUCUGGUGUGGGCAUUCAACAUAUGGAGUUAGUGCUGGCAGAAGAGCUUUGCCCAAGAGAGGCCAUUCCCGCCUUUCAUCCCCUCCACUUUCCAUCUCUUUCAUUGUGUUAUGUGAUGGCUGAUGCAGGCGUGCCUCCAAUUUUGCCCAGAACUGCUGGAAGAUCUCGUCGAGUCGUUGGAGUUUGCUCCGUCGUGGCAUGUUGAUUUUCUGGAGGCUGCUUGGGUGCACGCUUUGAUGAGGGGAGCUUGUCCGCCAUCUUGUCACUGCCAGUCAGGCUUAGUCUGCGUUUUGUUGCAGGGAUCGGCAGAUGUCUGUGCUUGGUUCCAGUAUGGACCAGGAUAACCCCCACCGGUCCAGAGGAAACGGGACUGAGGUGCUGAUGCAUCAAGGGGCUGUUCUGCGGCGUCCCUCAGGCAGGUAAGGUGGCGAACGUCCACCUCAUCCGUGGCCCAAGUAGGCCGCAGGGUCCGGGUGCACCGUCGGUGUCUGUUGCCGCUCAGGUCUCUGCUGACCACUCGGAGGUACAGGUUGGGGCGAUAUUUCGCUUUUUAGUAGCUUGUUUGCAUGUUUCUGGCAGGAGCUCGUCGAAUGUGCGACCAGCCAGCAUGGUGGUCCGGCCCAGCCCCCGGAAUUACUAAUAUUGACAAAACACAGACCUUGUUUUGUCGCAAGUAACUUUCUGGUGAAAUAGGCAUCUUACUGCGCGUCAUGUAAGAAGAUCUAUGCAGAUCCCGCAAUGUUCUGUACACCUUUUUGCAUGUGCAAGAGUACAACAUUGACGGAAGAUGAAUGGAAAUGAAAGUUGUCAGUGCCCGCAAGGGAGAGUUUUCGGCAAGUAUAUCUUCUUUAGGAUUCUCCCCAUGGCUGCCGCAAGCGGGCAAGUCGCCUUUGAGAGUGUUUGCAAAAAUACUAUGACCCCUAAAAGUCAAAGGUCCAAUUUAAAGUGUACUCUAACAAAAAAAACAUAAAACACUUGUUUUGGUUUGGUUAACACUUUCUGAGAUGGUCCACCCCUACACAAACACAAAUUUAAAAAAAGCAUGAACUUACUUCCAUUCCAUGACCACCUCUAAGCUUUUCCCCCAUCCCAAUCUUCUUUGGUUGAUGUCACUCUCACUCACCAGAUGGGGAGAGGUCAGUAAGGAUGGACUGAGGGAAGGACAGGGGGCCCAUGCCACUUCUGCACUGAACUGACAUUAACCAACAUGGGAACUUUGUUCUAGAAUGGCUAAUGAAUCUGCCGGAGGUUGAGUAGCACCUUCCGGCAGCUAAGCGGUUAGUCACGGCAUGUGCAGCAUUUUAUAGCAAAACGCUGCACAUACAGAUUCCAGGAAUGAUUACCACUUCAAAUCACUUAAGUGGUCAUGGUGCUUGGAAUAACCCUGUAAGUACAAAUUGAUAUUUUGAUAUUAUAGCAAACUGAAUAAAUGUUGUUACUGUAGCUGUUUGUAAAAUGUUUUUCGUUAUAGUUUAUAUUUUUGAUAUUCAGUCUGUACUUAGUUAUAUAACAUUUUGGUCAUUGUUUAUAAGUGUAUCAAAAAACAGUACUCGGAUGUGCCAACUUCUUCUGUUCCUCCUAGAAAUUAGGUUAAAAAUUACCAAAUUAGAAAAAUUGUCUGGGUUGACUUUAGUCACAAUUUGGUUAUUUGUUGCCUGAAUUUUGCAAUUUCUUUUUAAUUCACUUUAAUUUGUUGUUUAUUGAAUAAACCCCAAUAAUUUUAGUUUUUGUAAAAGUACAAAAGGCUAACAAUUCUACAUUAGAAACAUUUAGUAACUCGCUUUUUGUUUUCUUCUAACUUGGCACAAGUUUGACUCUGAUGCCACCUUCACUUGGAAAAAUUCCUUCCGACAUCGGUGCCCCUAUCUGCUGAAAAAAGAACAAUGCUAUUUUAAUUUGUGAUGUGGAGUGGAAACAUUCAUAUCUAUAUAUGUGAGAAAUUCUAGAUGGCCUUUAGCAUAUUCUAAACAUAGUUUAGGUUAAUUAGGUUAAGAAGAAUAACAUCAAAUCUGGUUACAUUCACAAACUGUAAUGUGUGAGUGACUGUGCGUUACAGGUGAUUGUGAUCUCUGGAUUCACUGGAAUCUGAAUUUUUUUCCCUAUCCCGGGAGAUUCAGCCAUUAUGUAUGUCCAGUUUGCCAUUUCAGUGACAAAUAGGACAAUUCGGUAAUGACGCUACAGGUUUAUGGCCAUAGAACGCUUAAAGAGGCAGCGAAAGGACAGACUAUGAAAAAGGAUGCACAAGUUAUAGCAGUGUAUCUCAUUCAGUAGGGCAUCAAUAUUAAUGGGGAUUUCAAAUUAGGGGUUUCUUGUCUUUAAGAUGCUGUGGACUAUAACUGCUUUGACACCAUCAUUUAACUGCACGUCUUUAUUACUGUAUCAUUAUUGUGUCAUCCUAUUUUAGAGUUAGGACUUUUGAAUUAGUUCAGGCUUGAUACGUUAACGAUAAUGAUAAUAUAGAAUUAAAAAAAAAAAAAAAAAAUUGCAGUUGGUCACCCAAUACUGUUAUGAAAUCAGUAUAAAGAAAGAAAAUCGAUUGAAAAGAUAAUAUUUAAACCAAUCAGUGCAAUUCAUUCAAACAGUAGGUACUUGUGCUCCCAUUGGCGUACCACAAAAUAUUGGGAGGUAUGAAAGCAAGGUCCGACAGGGCGAGAUCAUGCCAGUGAUCCAGCUUGAACCACUGGUAACAUAAAUGUUGCUUUUUUGUAACGAAAAAAUAUGCAUAUUUUUGUCAACAAUGCUAAGCUCUACCCCAUACUAAUUAAACAUGCCAAUGGAAGUAGCUUAUUUGCAUAUAGUGCCCUGAGAUCGUAAUGGCAGCAUUUCUGUCUGGGCUACAGGUACUUUAUUUCCGAGGUUUGCACUUUUAAAACUGUUAGGGUGAUACCAUCUGUUUAAACUGAUAAUGUUUGAGGGCACAAUGGGGCUAUACAGCAAACACUGUAUUGCACUGAAUUAAAACCAGAUUGUAAAAUUUAGGUAGAAAAAGUGCUUAUUUGGAGAAAUCCUCUUUGUCUGGAAUAUUUGCUUCCAAUUCACUGAAAAAUGGUGUUCAGCCGACAAACCCUAAUAUGAUUCCUUUUUUAUUAUGCUAGAUGAACUCCUGGACUCCAAUCGCCAAUAUGCUGAGCCGCCGGAGCAGUGCUGGGGUGGCUGUACUGGAAGGGAUGUUGUAUGUAGCAGGUGGAAACGAUGGGACUAGCUGUCUGAAUUCAGUGGAACGAUAUAACCCAAAGGCUAACACAUGGGAGAGUGUAGCCCCAAUGAAUAUUAGGAGGUAAUACUCUGAAAUACUUGGCUGUUAUAGUGUAUAUAUUGUGACCUGGGACCAUAUAACGACAUAGUCCUAAAGUUUGAAAUGCCACAAGAAGUUUUCUUUCUUUAGAAAUCACAGUCAUUUUAUUACUAUGUCUGGUAAACAAAACAUUUAAAUAAAGCAAACAAAAAGAAAAGCCUUGCUCUUUUGAGCUCUGACAUUUGCAACUAACUAUAGUUGAACUGCGCACCCCCAACAAAAUUAAGCACAUACCCUUUUCCACCUAAGCUUUAGGUCCCCCUCUGGUUAAAAUUGUGAGUUUACUUACCUUAUUCCAGCGCCAUGUGGGUCCUGUCGCAGCUGGUCCUGCCUACGGUCUCCCCCCCAGGAAAGCAUUGACAGGCUAUUGUCCUUGCGCAGCAAAACACAGCUCUGCCCCAUUAAGCAUCUCCACACAGAGAUGCAUUGAAUCAAUUGAAUUGAAUCAAUGCAUUUCUAUGAGGAAAGUUCAGUGCCUCCAUGCACAGCGUGGAGCUGCUGAACGUCAAUCCUGCACACUGUGCAGCACUGACACAGGAAGCACCUCUAGUGGCCGACUGAGUGACUGCCAGUAGAGGUGUAACUAGGCAGCAAUGUAAACACUGCCUUUUUUCUGAAAAGACAAUGCUUACCGUAUAUAUUCUCGUGUGUAAAUUGAGUGCAGUUUUGUGACCAACAAUUGUGAAAUAUGCUAUGCCUCGUGGAUAAGUCGAGGGUAAAACUUGGGGCUAUGAAAUUCUGUGAUUUUUAUAAUUAUAUACACACACACUCAUACAAACACACACACUCAUACAAACACACACUCUGCAUUAUAUACACACACACUCAUACAAACACACACUCUGCAUUAUAUACACACACAACACAAACACACACUCUGCGUUAUAUACACACACACUCUGUGUGUAUAUAAUGCAGAGUGUGUGUUUGUGUGAAUGCAGAGUGUGUGUGUGUUUGUGUAGUGUCUGUGAACUGGGUGGGGGGAGGGCAUUUUUAUUAUUUUGAAUUUUUUUUAUUUGAAUAUUUUAAUUUUUUUAUUUAGAUUUUUUAUUUAUUUAUUAUUAUUUUAUUAUUUUAUUAUUAUUUUUUUGUCCCCCCUCGCUGCUUGUUAACUGGUCAGGGAGGGGGGCUAUAUUAUUCCCUGGUGAUCCAGUGGAUGGGCUGUGCAUGAGGGGUCGAGAGCAAGCUGUUACUUACCUUUGUAGCAACUCCGGUCAGCUCCCUUCACCUCCGUGCAGCUCCCCUGUCAGCUCCCAGUGUAUCUUAUUAUCUUUCAGAAAAUAAAGUACAUUUACUGUUUGAUGAAUAGUUUUUAAGCAGCUCAAUCUAUCUGACGUAAUCACAUUUUUUAACGAUAUUGCUAAUGCAAAAUAAUGAAAUUAUUGAUCUGCUGACUUUAGACUUAUUUACUAAAAUGUGAAUGAUUGGGAAUUCAAAAUGAACUCAUUCAAUUCAAAAUUCAGGCUAUGUUUUCACUUUUGCUGGUCUAAAGUUUUAAAUACUCUAUGAAUUAAUUUUAAAUUCCUGACUCUUCACACCAUAGUGAAUAACCCCGUUAGUGGUUAAUUCAUUAAAUAUACACUAUAGUGUUAGGAAUACAAAACUGUCUUCCUAACACUAUAGCGUCCUUCUGCACCUCCCUCCCCCUCCUGGUCUCUGAAACUGCAAAAAAUAACAUUGCAGGGUUAAACUGACAGGGACAUUGCACCCGGACCACUUCAAUGAGAUGAAGUGGUCUGGGUGCCUACAUUGUCCCUUUAAACAGUUAGUGGUAGCAAAUUUAUAGUUGAGUUGUAACUGUUAACAAAAGCAGCAGGCCUCGAGAUUCCCCCUCCCCCCCCCCAAUCUCACUAUUCUGGUGAAACUUUUGCAAACCUUAUCUCAUCAAAGCGCACAGGGUUAAUUGCCUGUAAUCCAUAGUGAAAUUCACAUUUUAUAAUAAAAUAAAAUACAUAAAUAAAAAAAGCCAAGCUGGAAAAACAAUCAACUUCAAUUAUGUUGUCUAUUAAUUUUGGCCUAAGGUUUGAAUAUAACUUUGAAAAGAAAAAAAAAAGUCAAAAAAACAUAUAUUAAAGGAAAAUAUACUCAAAUUGAACUUUGGAUCCAAGUAGUGUCAUCUUUAGUUAAAUGGGUAACAAUGUAAUUUGCUAAAAAAAAAAAAUCUUUGAAAUUAAAAUCUGCAAAUUCUAAAAGAGAAUGGCCCUUACCAUGGUAUGAAUUAUUAGAAAGCAUUACUAAAUAAAGAUAAGACUCGCUAGUUCCUCAUUACAUCAAAGAAAGGACCAAUGUAAGUCAUGUCACUCUCUAUUAUUUACAUUAAAGGAUUUUCCUCAUUAGCAUCAGAUAGCCCCGAGCUGGGAUUCUUGGUAUCAUAAUGUAAAGUUGUUGUUUUCGUACUCCCUGCAGUGUAGCCUCGGGAGGUUAUGUAAUGAGAACUAAUCUUGUUUAAAUUUAAGGCCAGCUGUAGAAUUUUACAGCAGUUUUAUUUCUUAGAAUUAGGAAAGGUUUUUAGUUAGCUGCAUCCUCUGAAUGUCUGUCAUUGUUAGUUAAUUUGUGUGGCAAUAGGUACAUAUUUUGUUUAUAUGUGUAUCUAAUAAAUAUACAUAUAUAGAGAGCAACUGAAAUUUGUGUAGUACUGCAUAGAUAAUAUCAGUUUCAUCCUCCUUACCCCCACCGACCUGGUCUAGUUUUUUUAGGCAAAAAAAAAGUUUAUAUUGGUAAAAGUGUAUCCUUUUUACUUGUAACUCUUAUAUUUUAUAUGGCCUUCCCUUUGAUCCAUCGUUUAAAUUCUUUAAACAGGACAAAACAAUGAACCAAUUUGUUAGGCUGGUGCUAUUUACUUUGUGAUGCCUUAAAAUGCUAUAGCUGAAUGUUAUUGUUACAUGUGGACCACCACCAUUUGAAUGCUCCAUAUGCUACCCAUUGAAACCUAUCAUCCCUGGUAAAAAAGGCUCAAACUCUAGUCUUUUCUGAAGACCUUCUCACGGCAACUGAUGGUAAUAUAGCUAGAUUGUCAAACAAAGGCAUAUGGUCCACUUGUGUAAAAUCUUUUUAGUAAUCUCAGAGGCAAAUAAGGGGAAAACUAAUGGCAUAUAAAUGUUAUAUAUGUUUUUUUAGGUUAUUUAAGAAACUUGCACACUAUCUGGGAUAUUUACUAAAGGGAGAAUUGUCAAGAAUUCAAAGUGAUUUUAAAAUUUAAAGCCAAAAUGGCUAGAAUUUUUUUCCAGUUUGGCUUUUUUUUACCUUAAAUUGGAAAUUUUCUUUGAAUUCCGGACAUGCCUUGUUUUAUUAAAUAACCCUGAUAGAUAUAAAAUCUAGUAGUAAAGUUGCACAGACAAAGGUACUUCCAGUUCCUUAUUUUUAAAUUAACAUAGAGACCUUCCAGUCUUUGAAUAGUGUAUCUUUAUUGCUUCCACACAAUUUUUAUAUAGUUUAUGUCAAUUUUAUUAUUUCUGCAGGAGCACCCAUGAUCUUGUAGCUAUGGACGGCUGGCUCUAUGCAGUUGGGGGCAAUGAUGGGAGCUCCAGUUUGAAUUCCAUUGAGAAAUACAACCCACGCACCAACAAGUGGGUGGCAACAUCCUGCAUGUUUACUCGAAGGAGCAGCGUAGGGGUGGCGGUACUAGAACUUCUCAACUUCCCACCUCCGUCUUCUCCAACUCUGUCUGUGUCUUCCACCAGUCUCUGACAAAGAAUCCACUUCUUCACAAUGAGUAGGAAUUUGCAUUGUCUACCAGAACCAAGGACGGAGAGUCAAGGUAGAAGAUCUUUAGCUUAGCAAUUUUAGGGUUGUUCUUCUCAAGAUACCCCAGUUGUCCCUGGAACCACUUCACUGGUGGGAAAGCCAAUAAAUUAGUUAGACUCAAAUGGGAGAACCUGUUGGUGGAUUUUCCUGGAAAGACUGGAUGAAGGUCAAUGCUUACUCUGCCACUCAGAGCACUGCAUAAGUCUCUUGAGCAGGAAUGGGGUUAAAACACCUCUAACCUUACUAUUUUCUGUAUAUAUCUAUUUAUACAAAUAUUAAAAAAAAAAAAAAAUUACUUUCACUCUCUUGGGCAUCAUGGAAUUCUACCAGUAGUCUGUGAUAAAGCAAAUCCUAUAGGAAUACAUGGCGUGCAAUAUGGCAGAUGUUCUAAUGACUACUUAUAACAAUUAUAUAAUCCUGUUAAGUCCAUCAUGUGGAUGGACUUAAUGUUUCAAAAAGACACUGUAAUAACGCAAAUCUGCAUUUUUAUUUUAUUAUAGUUUUUUGGUUUUGAAUUAUGAACUGACCAGGGUAGCAUCCCUUAUAGCACUGAAAUAUGAUACAAGACUUGGAACUAUUGUGCGUAGGCAAAAUAAUCCAAAUCUGCAGACUGCAUCCUUUACUCCAUCCCUAUCCACUGGGUGCUAUCUUUUUUGUUUUGUUUAAGUUUUGCAAACUUCUUCGAUCCUGGGACAGCUACGGCACAAUUUGCACGUAACAUUGUAUUGAAGUGCUUCUGAUGAAUACUCUAGCCUACACGGCAUUCUUAGGAACCUAUCACCACCUCAGCGUGGUUACUGUUGGGUGUAAGUUGAGAGCUGAAUGUUGCACUUCUGAAGGACUUUUAAGUCCAGGCAGCGGAAUCAUUCUUCUGUCUUUUUUCUGUCUGCUCAUACUUCAAUCUUUUCUCUAACUCUAUCUCGAUUAACCUCAUACAUAUUCUGCAAUAAGUAUUACUGUAUAUUUAUUUUUCUUGAAACAAGAAAAACACCAAAAACGUGUGUAUCGUUUGCAGUGUGCAUAUUUAAACCUUCUGAGUGCUGGAGGGUUCUUACCCUUCUAACUGUAUAGUAAAUAGCUCUUUGAUUAUCUUAACCUAGAUAUCCUCUUACACCUCGUUUGGUUUUUCAUGUCCUGUAAUCGUCCUUUGACUUUUUGGCAUGUUCUGAGUGUCACUUGACAUGGAAUUAUUUGCCAGACACUGGCGUUAAUAUGUUACCUUUACACUCUUUCUCUGAGAUAUACAUUUUUAUCUAUAAUAUAAUGUAUGGGGAUUGGACAGCAUGACCUUCCCACAACACACCUCUUCAUGGGUGCUCACUAACCAUUGCCUUGCAUCUCAACGAGAACUCAGCACUGACUAUAGAUCACUGCACAGGGGUAAUACAGAGCAGCUACUCACUGCGACAUAUAUGGAAACUCUUCGUUGUUGUAUCCGACAGUAGAGUGUUAUAUUUUUGUUCUAAUUUUAUAUAUGCAUUAUAUUGAAGAGCAGUAGCCAAUCUACUGCAGUAGGAUUAUUCAAAUUGAUAAUACUUUAAAAAAACUAAUGCCUUAUAAUUGGAAUGUUCAAUUUUACGUUGUGUCAUUUAUUUGUGUAUUUAUUUAUAUAAAACAAUUAUUUCCUAAAACUUUUAUGACCUCCAUCCAUAUGCACUGUCAUGUUAAAUGCAUACCGGUUUUACUAAUUUAAUGAUGUGAUUUAUUAACUGCUAUGAUGGGAAAUGUAACUGCAGAAAAUGACGGUUCGUGCCUGUACUUUUGUGGUUAAAUGUCUGAUCUCUCCAGCACUUUGGAUUGGGCUGAAAUAGGCUGGAACCUCUAGGACAAUAAAUAUCUUUCAAAUCGCUAAAGAGA